GUUCCCAGGAAGAUGUGGCUGUGAGCUUGCUCAGAGUGCUGAUCCUGUAGGUCUUCACCUGAUCGUGACCAUGGGGAUAUGGCCAGGUGGUGUCCGGGCCUGCAUUGCAGGCCAGGAGAACUGCUCUGCCAACAAUGAGUCCAAGGACUACUGUUACUCAGCCCGUAUCCGCAGCACCGUGCUUCAGGGCCUACCCUUUGGAGGGGUCCCCACCGUCCUCGCGCUGGACUUCAUGUGUUUCCUGGUGAGUCUGCCUAGAGAUCAGUCUUGCCUGAAUUUCAAAUUGAUCCCUAUCCCCAUUCCAGUGUUGCAGGUUUUUCUCUCUCCCCCGUAGUUCAUUUAUUGACUUAUAUCACUGAUUCAUUGGCCAGAGAUUCUACUUACCUGGGACCCCAGGUCUGUGUACAGCAAUACUUAUGACCUGGGUCCUAAUGACUUUAUGCUAAUCUGCAUUGAUCACAUAGGUAUACAGUAUAUCUAUGUGUAUAUGUCUAUGUGUGUGUUUAUAUGUAUAUCUGUGUGUGUGUAUAUAUACAGUACGUAUGUAUACAGUGCCUUCGGAAAGUAUUCAUUUUGUUACGUUACAGCCUUAUUCUAAAAUGGAUUAAAUAAAACAUUUUCCUCAGCAAUCUACACAAAAUACCCCAUAAUGACAAAGCGAAAACAGGUUUUUAGAUUUUUGGGCAAAUAUAUAACAAAUAAACAUAAAUACCUUAUUUACAUAAGUAAUCAGACCCUUUGCAAUGAGACUCGAAAUUGAGCUCAGGUGCAUCCUGUUUCCAUUGAUCAUCCUUGAGAUGUUUCUACAACUUGAUUGGAGUCCACCUGUGGUAAAUUAAAUUGAUUGGACAUGAUUUGGAAAGGUACACACCUGUCUAUAUAAGGUCUCACAGUUGACAGUGCAUGUCAGAGCAAAAACCAAGCCGUGAGGUCGAAGGAAUUGUCCGUAGAGCUCCGAGACAGGAUUGUGUCGAGGCACAGAUCUGGGGAAGGGUACCAAAACAUUUCUGCAGCAUUGAAGGUCCCCAAGAACACAGUGGCCUCCAUCAUUCUUAAAUGGAAAAAGUUUGGAACCACCAAGACUCUUCCUAGAGCUGACCGCCCGGCCAAACUGCGCAAUCGAGGGAGAAGGACCUUGGUCAGGGAGGUGACCAAGAACCCGAUGGUCACUCUGACAGAGCUCCAGAGUUCCUCUGUGGAGAUGGGAGAACCUUCCAGAAGGACAACCAUCUCUGCAGCACUCCACCAAUCAGGCCUUUAUGGUAGAGUGGCCAGAUGGAAGCCACUCCUCUGUAAAAGGCACAUGACAGCCCGCUUGGAGUUUGCCAAAAGGCACCUUAAGACUCUCAGACCAUGAGAAACAAGAUUAUCUGGUCUGAUGAAACCAAGAUUGAACUCUUUGGCCUGAAUGCCAAGCAUCAUGUCUGGCGGAAACCUGGCACCAUCCCUACAGUGAAGCAUGGCGGUGGCAGCAUCAUGCUGUGGGGAUGUUUUUCAGCGGCAGGGACUGGGAGACUAGUCAGGAUCGAGGCAAAUAUGAACGGAGCAAAGUACAGAGAGAUCCUUGAUGAAAACCUGCUCCAGAGCACUCAGGACCUCAGACUAGGGCAAAGGUUCACCUUCCAACAGGACAACGACCCUAAGCACACAGCCAAGACAACGCAGGAGUGGCUUCGGGACAAGUCUCAAUGUCCUUGAGUAGCCCAGCCAGAGCCCGGACUUGAACCCGAUCUAACAUCUCUGGAGAGACCUGAAAAUAGCUGUGCAGCAGCGCACCCCAUCCAACAUGACAGAGCUUGAGAGGAUCUGCAGAGAAGAAUGGGAGAAACUCCCCAAAUACAGGUGUGCCAAGCUUGUAGCGUCGUACCCAAUAAGACUCAAGGCUGUAAUCGCUGCCAAAGGUGCUUCAACAAAGUGCUGAGUAAAGGGUCUGAAUACUUAUGUAAAUGUGAUAUUAUUUUUAAAUAUAAAUUAGCAAACAUUUUGAUAAAACAGUUUUUGCUUAGUCAUUAUAUUAUUUUUAUUUGUAUUUAUUAAUUAAUUUAACGACAUCUCCUCCCUGUGUUUUAAUGUGCCGGAAGUUGAAUGACAAUCGCAACAAAAAUGACUGCACCCUUGUUGCCUGGCUACAUAAGGUGAAUAGUACACUAAUCAGGGUUGGUCAUUCCAUUUGAUUGUCAGUGCAUGAGAGAAAUUGAAAUUCAAAUUCAAGAAUUUAUAAGCAACAUGUAUUUUUUAUGAGGGUUUUUCUGUAAAAGCUUUAAGUGGAAUUUCAUCUAGCUUUUUUUUCACAAACUGUAAUUGUGAUGGAAUACGCUUGAAAAGUGGAGGCGUCAUAGAAAAAAAGUUAACAUUGCUGGAGACACUGUCUCCAAAAUGGCAAGGUGUCUCAAGCAGUGUUAACUUCCAGUCAAUUCAAAAAGCAAAUAGAAAUUCCACUUAAAAAUUUGACAGAAAAACCCUCAUAGAACAUAAAUGUUGCUUAUAAAUUAUUCAAUUCGAAUUUCAAUGUAUCUCAUUCACUGACUGAAUCAAAUGGAAUGACCCCAACCCUGAUUAGUGUACUAUUCACCUUAUGUAGCCAGGCAACAAGGGUGCGGUCAUAUUUCUUGCGAUCGUCUAUCAACGUCCGGCGCAUUAAAACACAGGGAGAAUUAGUUAAAUAUGAUAUAUAUUUGUCAAAACAACUAAAGAACGUGUACAGAAUUUGAAAGAUAUGGUGUGUUUUCACGUAAGCACUCGGAAGCCGACGUUGGCAUUCCCAUAGACUUAACAUGGUGGGUUGGCUAGUUAGCUUUGUGGCACAUCAGAUUGCAAAUAUCCUAAUGUUAUCUACAUAAAAACAUUUAGUUUUUUGUCUUUUUUCAUUGUCCAACCGCAUUGCCCUUUCAAUUCUUGAUCUUUGAUUGAAAAGGGAUAAAGCAUGUAUGGAUGAUGACUAUUAGAUAAUCGAAUAAACUAGCUAACUACCCUGCCAUGUUAAGUCUAUGGGAAUGCUUACAUGCUAACAUCUGCUUCUGAGUGCUUAUACUAUGCGAAAAUACAGGUUAAUUAUUUAUUUUUCUCACCAGAGAUUUACCAUAUCUUUCAAACUCUACAUGUUAUGUAAUAGUUUUAACACAUGUAAUUCAUAUUUAAUGACUUCUCCUCCCUAGGUUUGCUUGUGUGUUAAUGCGCAGGAAUUUGAAAGACAAAUGCGUUCAAAAUGGCUCAGGUCAAUUUGGCGGGCCUACAAAAGGUGAAUAGGGCUCUUCAAAUCCAGACCAGUAAGUUCGUCAGUAGUGUUGGUUUUAUUUUCUCCCUGGAUGUUAAUUGAUUGAUGUCAUUGAUUGGUCUGAGUCCAUUCAACUUUGUGUCCUUGUCAUUUAGGUCUGAAUCAGUCCCCGAUUUCAGGGGAGGAAGGGUAUGGUUUGACAAAUCUUAUUGAAUCUUAUUAAAGUCAAAUUGGACAAGUCGGUGAGUUCAAUGGUACCAUUUUGUUUUACCAGUCCUAAAGGUUUGGCUGUAGUACUGGUGUGGAACAGGAUGCUCCUGUUCAUGACUAAUUGAUAGUAAAAUCCAUAGUGCUUCGUGACCACGGGAACAAUGGAUUGACCUACAUAGUGGCUGACUGUCUAGUAGGGGCGUUAUUCAAAUGAAGCUGUACUGUGUCAUUGGGGGUCACCUCACCUCCUGUUGUCUUUUUAAUGUAUGCUUGCCAAUUGAAUUUAAGGCCAUGAGAUAAAAGUAAGGAAGGUAUUAACUAAUCUGCAAAGUAAAUUAACAAAGUAAUGAAUCAAUGCUUAUUGUCUCAAUACUUAUUGUCUCAGGUUAGGUGUAUGAGUAAGAGAACUGUCUCAGUGCAUGAAUGAACAUGUCUACAUUCACAUGGCCUCAUGCUCAUCUCUUCAAAUGCUCAAAUCCAGAUUUAUUGUAACAUUUUACUGGGCAGCCAAGGUCACAAAGUGGUGGGUUAUGGCUGUGCGUUGGUAAGCAUUAUCUAUAACUUUACAUCUAUGAAAUAUAUGUGUCCAGAAUGCGUUUUCACCCAAAAUGACAGGGUCUGGUAACCGAAUAAGUGUUCCAAAGAAAUGUCGUAAUGUGUGCCUGUGCCCUCAAAGAUCCAUGUCUCUCAAGGAUUUUGUUUCACAGGACAAUGUCACGUUGAUGCUCAUAAAGCAGCAUAUAGCAGGUCCCCCUCCCAAAAGAGGUUUCUAACUUCAAUGGUCUCUCUAUUCCUGGUUAAAUAAAAUAUACUAACAACAUGGACAUGAUAUCAUAACACAAUGAACAGAUGAAAAGGCCAGAUAGUUUAAUCAAUUUAUUUCAUAUUAUUACUCGCGUCUUUGUCAGCAUAAUGAAAAUGUUAAAUAAAUAUGCAAAACUGAAUCAUUUUUGGAGUCUGAAAACUGAGUGACAUGAGUGCUGGCCUUUUCAUACUUUUACAUUUUUAAAUUACCCUUUUAGAAUUAAGCACCAAUGUUGCUCCUUUCUAUUGUCAUCCACUAAUACUACAUCUACCUCAUAUAAUGUGAAGUGGGGUCUGAAAUUAUUUACACCCUUGAUAAAGAUGAGCAAUAAUGACUGUAUAAAAUACAUACAGUACAUGUCAAAAGUUUGGACACACCUACUCAUUCAAGGGUUUUUCUUUAUUUUUUUACUAUUUUCUACAUUGUAGAAUAAUAGUGAAGACAUCAAAACUAUGAAAUAAAACAUAUGGAAUCAUGUAAUAACCAAAAAAGUGUUUUUAGAUUCUUAAAAGUAGCCACCCUUUGCCUUGAUGACAGCUUUGCAGACUCUUGGCAUUCUUUCAACCAGCUUCACCUGGAAUGCUUUCCCAACAGUCUUGAAGGAGUUCCUACAUACGCUGAGCACUUGUUGGCUGCUUUUCCUUCACUCUGCGGUCCAACUCAUCCCAAACCAUCUCAAUUGGGAUGAGGUCGGUUGAUUGUGGAGGCCAGGUCAUCUGAUGCAGCACUCCAUCACUCUCCUUCUUGGUCAAAUAGCCCUUACACAGCCUGGAUGUGUGUUGGGUCAUUGUCCUGUUGAAAAACUAAUUAUAGUCCCACUAAGCCCAAACCAGAUGGGAUGGAGUAUCGCUGCAGAAUGCUGUGGUAGCCAUGCUGGUUAAGUGUGCCUUGAAUUCUAAAUAAAUCACUGACAAUGUUACCAGCAAAGCACACCCACACCAUCACACCUACUCCUCCAUGCUUCACUGAGGGAACCACACAUGCAGAGAUCACACGUUCACCUACUCUGCAUCUCACAAAGACACGGCGGUUGGAACCAAAAAUCUCCUAUUUGGACUCCAGACCAAAGGACAAAAUGUCACCGGUCUAAUGUCCAUUGCUCGUGUUUCUUGGCCCAAGCAAGUCUCUUCUUCUUAUUGGUGUCCUUUAGUAGUGGUUUCUUUGCAGCAAUUAGACCAUGAAGGCCUGAUUUACGCAGUCUCCUCUGAACAGUUGAUGUUGAUAUGUGUAUGUUACUUGAACUCUGAAGCAUUUAUUUGGGAUGCAAUCUGAGGUGCAGUUAACUCUAAUGAACUUAUCCUCUGCAGCAGAGGCAACUCUGGGUCUUCCUUUUCUGUGGCAGUCCUCAGGAGAGCCAGUUUCAUCAUAGCGCUUGAUAAUUUUUGCGACUGCACUUGAAGAAACUUUUCAAAGUUCUUGAAAUGUUUCGUAUUGACUGACCUUCAUGUCUUAAAGUAAUGAUGGCUGUCAUUUCUCUUUGCUUAUUUGAGCUGUUCUUGCCAUAAAAUGGACUUGGUCUUUUACCAAAAAGGGCUAUCUUCUGUAUACCACCCCUACCUUGUCACAACACAACUGAUGGGCUCAAACGCGUUAAGAUGGAAAGAAAUUCCACAAAUUAACUUUUAACAAGGCACACUGUUAAUUAAAUGCAUUCCAGGUGACUACAUCAUGAAGCUGGUUGAGAGAAUUUCAAGAGUAUGCAAAGCUGUCAUCAAGGCAAAGGGUGGCUAUUUGAAGAAUCUCAAAUAUAACAUAUAUUUUGAUUUGUUUAACACUGUUGGUUACUAUAUGAUUCCAUAUGUGUUAUUUCAUAGUUUUGAUGUCUUCACUAUUAUUCUACAAUGUAGAAAAUAGUACAAAUAAAGAAAAACCCUGGAAUGAGUAGGUGUCCAAACUUUUGACUGGUACUGUAAUUCAAAUACUGAGCUAUAUUGAAUGCAAACAAAUGGUAAAUUGUAUUAUUUUAUACUAAUACAAUUGCUCAGAGAUUUUCUGUAACAUUUAGUAUUUCUCAAAAAGGUAGGGGUCAAAAUAGUGACACCCCUAAAGAUUCUUAUAAAUAAAGUAGUCAAAAGUUUUGUUUUGGUUGUGUUUCAGAUAAUUUUGUGCCCAGUAGAAGUGAAUGGCAAAUAAUUUGUUGUUUUGGUGUCCAUUUUAUUGUAAAUAAGAAUAGAACCUCCACUGUUUAUUGGUAAUGGUGAGAGGUUAGCAUGUCUUGGGGGUAUGAUCUUUGACCCUCUAACUUUCUCACUCACAUUCAUGUAGAAGUGUUUAGAAACACAUUAUUCUAUUCUUAUUUACAAUGACUCCAAAAUGAGCACAAUACAUAAUUUACCAUUAAUUUCUAUUGGGCACAAAAUUAUCUGAAUUGCAGCCUAAACGAACUGCAAAUGCGUCCAAGAAGUUUGUAGUCAUAAGCUUCAUGUAGUCAUUGCGUACUAGGAAUAUGGGACCCACUCUAAGUGCUUACUGGUCUUACAAUUUUUUUUUAGAACAGCAGUGACAUUGCUAUAAAAUCCAUUUGAAUGAUACACAGAUGUUCUUGGGGCUCAAUCGAAAAACACCAAAGAAGAUGAAAAUCAUACAGCAUUACCUUCCUCUGUGCUUUCAGGUGCUUCUCUUUGUCUUCUCAAUAUUGCGGAAAGUGGCCUGGGAUUAUGGACGCUUGGCAUUGGUGACAGACGCUGACAGGUAGGUCUAACAAAUUACUCUGAGGUGUUACAUCACACACACACACGUACACUGCCCAGAUGUAGUCCUACUGGUCAUUGGUCCUUGUCUGUUGAACUGUGAGAAUUACUUGCCUAUUAUGACAGUGUGCCUUAAGUAACCCCAUAACCAUUCCUUCCUACCUCUUCCUGAAGAUGAUUGGUUUGCAAGUCAUUCAGGGAGACUUGUUUCACUGUCACUUACAUACUACUCAUUUCUGGAGCUGGAUAUGAACAACGACUGUCUGUGCAGCAGGAUUUGCUCACACAGCAGAGCAAAUAAAUCUUCUUUAGGGAAUCUUCUUUUCACCAGUUUAUUACCAUAACCCCAUGGGAUACUUCUUUAUCAAUUAUGAGUAAUCUAUGGUUUGGGUAUGUUGGUAAUAAAUAUGGAAAGAAUGUAUAACUAGUUAGCAUACUUACUGUAUUUUAUUGUUGUAUUAAAUCCAUCACCUUGAAUGUACAUGAUCUGUUGCAGUGCAAUUAAGAAGAGAAAUAACAAGUUUCGAACUCCUUGAGUACUGAAUCAGUCAUUCACUAAGAAUAUUAAUGUACAAAUGGCUAUAUGCCUACUGAUUGAAGUCAUAAACUUACUGUAAGGUACCCCUACCUUGAUGCUAUAACUCAUUACACUGCGAUGCAGUCGAAAUUUUUUUGACUGUACUGCUCAGCUCCAUACUUGCUGCAUGGUCACUUUUGCACAAGAUUGAGAGAGUUGGCCUUGGCCAACCAGACACAGGCUUAGACAAGAUUUUCAGAACUGCCACAACAAAUUAGUUUGUAAAAAUAUUUGGUAGCACUUUAUAAUUACUCCACAUAUUAUUAUUAUUAUUAUUAUUAUUAUUAUUACAUAAUUAAUUAUUUAUAAUGGAUUACGACUUGCAUUCAGAAAGCCUGUCAGAGCAGAAAGUUAAAAAAAUGAAUGAUUGUAAACAAUCAAUGUACAUGCAAAAAUACAGAUAUUAAAAUAAACUAUUCUAAUGAAAUCUACCUGCAACGGAGCAUGCUGGGAAAUAUGACAAUGAGGCCCCUCCCAAAUGUAACUCCAUGUCUCUGGUUACUCUUAAUUGAGUUAAAAGUACUCCGUCCCAACUAACUCCAGAGAGCGUAUCACUCUGAGGGUUCAGAUAACUCAAGUAGAGUAAAUUUAACCCAAACAAUUUUAACACCGUGAUUUCAACUCUCCUUGAUUUACUGUGUACCAAUCCUUGAUGGCCGCUUUAAGUACAAUAAUAGUUUAAGACUUAUUUGGUUAUUUUAAGGUGACCUUGGUCUGCUUAUCGAUAGGAUGUACGAGCUUUCUAAGUGCUUUGUGUCCUUUGCCUUUCUGAAAUAGUUCUGUCCUCCCAUUCAUUUAAAGGACAGAGAGAGAGGGGCAAACCAUUUCCUGCUAUAGUCCCACAGCUGACUGGAAAAUCUAUUUUGCGCCACAUACUUCCUGUUUUCUUGUCUGUCCCGCUCUCUCGCUCUCCCUUGUCGCUCCCUACACACACACACACACACACACACACACACACACACACACACACACACACACACACACACACACACACACACACUAGUGCUGAGCGAUUAAUGCUUUUUGAGGUUGGUUUCAGUUUGGUUUUUGAAAAAUAAUCACGGUUUUCAAUUUCGGUUAGAAUUUUUUUUUUUUUGUAACUACACAGAAUAAUACAAUUAGCUAAUAAAAGCCCCAUGAUGGUAGUGACUGCCCAUUUUACUGCUUAUCACUUAAUUUAUUCACUACUUUACUUCCUCUCAUGCGGUCUGUGUGUGGUCAUGUUCCCCUGGUCAAUCGAUGAAUUGAAUCAACCAAUUGGCGAAUUUCUGCCGGUUCAUGCUGGGUUCAUAGCCAAAAAAAGUUUCCCAGCUUUCCAAAAAAUUACGCCGCUGACAGAAGUGGAGUCACCACCUGCGUCGGCCAUAUGGUCGCGUAUUGCACAGCGCUGCUGUAACUCUCCACUGCCUGGCUCACACAGCAACGCUGCUCUGCAAGCAAACACAUUUUGGGCGGGAAAGAGAAACGGCGCAUUGAGUUAACAUUUUUGUUAAUUGCUCAGCAGUAACAGACACAUACACACACAAACACAGCUGUUUUCUUGCUUUCAGGGGCUCUCUCUUUCAGAGCUGUGAUGAGGCAGGGGUCACCAGUGUCGCAGUUGGUGUGUGUGUGUGUGUGUGUUAGUGUGCGUGUAGGGUGAGGGGAUGGGGGGUGACAUCUGAUCAGGGCCCACGUUAUGUGAUGGUUCGCCCCUCAUCCUCACCCCGCCUAUGGCUCUCAUAAACCUGUCCUGCUCCUAUACAUUGUGUAACAUCCAAUUUGUUGACACUUCAGGAUUUCUAUCCAGGACUAACCUUAAUGAAGUAAAUGUGUACUCCUUUUCAUGCCAGUUUUGCUAAUGUUUCCUCUUUUUUUGUUUCACUGUGAAGAUCGAAGAAGCGUUUCAGCGGAUUGGAGGAGCGGGAAUAGUAUGUUGUUUUUUAAACACGUUUUGAUUAUCUCCUUGUUUUCCAGCGUCUUCUCUCUUCCCUGGUUGCUUUACUGCCCUAACUGUACUUGUUGUCCUGCUCACUGGUGGACUAACACACUGUUUUUCCCUUUCGGAUAGGUGUGUGUGUGUGUGUGCGUGCGUGCUUGCAAUCCAAUUCCAGAAUGGACUGGAAUCAACCCCAAAAUCGGGUGUCCUGUGGGUUGGUGUGUGUGAGAAAGAAGGUGUAUGUGUAUCUAUCUUAUUAACAAGCAAGAUGGUUUGGUGUGAGGGCUCUGUCACUGCUUUUUGCUGUGGAUUUAUUGGGUGUCGACUCUGACCUUUGUUAACCCACCAUAAGUGCAUUGUGUGUCAAUAACCAUACUGUUGACUUUCACCAGUGUAUCUGCCAUGGCUUCUGAUGCUUUGACUGUCACCUAACAUAUGAAUCUUUUGACAUGCAUGCUUCCUUUUACACAUUUGAAUAUAACAUAGUCGGAGAAGAGAAAAGGGUAACUAUGAUACACUGAGAGCAAAUAAUACAAGGUAAAAGGUGCAUCAGUGUGGAUGUGAACUUCCCUAGGCCCUCUUGCUGUGGCGUCUUUGUGAAUCCUUGUGACAUUAGCUGUGAUGCUAGCACCUCCCAGAGUGGACCCUUUUUUAGACCAUAAGAAGCCACGUUCUCAACAGGCUGGGUUCUCAUUCAAAAAAUCACCCCUUCCCCUCUGUCCAUUCAGGGCCAUGAAGGGGUCAAUAAAGGAAGAGGAAAGGACUGUUUUCAGAUUGGAAUCCAGCUAGAAAGUGGAAUGUGGUCUUCUGUCCUGACAGUGAAAUGUAUACUGCCCCCAUUUCUGUACAUGUCAUUGGACUAAGUUUAUUGUUGGACUGUGGUAGAUCUUCUGUUGUAGGAUGUAAGGGUGGGAGAUUACAAUAUACACCCAGUGCUGCAGGUAAAACGCAACCUAUUUGUAGACUUUGGGCCCUAUUCAAAAUCGCUAACUGGCUUUCCGGAAUAUGUCAAAACAAAUCCUAGCCUUCAAGAAAUUAUGGAGUAAUACUGUUGUUGUUGAGGCCAGGCACCACACUAAUAGUGUAUUUUUUGCCCCUUAAUCACAAUCACCUAGGCUGUAGAGCCCCACAGUGGAGGUGUCAUAAUACCCAUAAAACCUAGCAGUCAAACAGGGAAAUGGUUCCAAUCGUUUUUUUUACCGUUAAUUUUUCCCAUAGGGGAUUUUAGAAACACUUAAAAUAGGGGAUGUGUUUCAUGUAGGCUUACCAUGGCGUGACGUUUUGAUAACCAUGUAAAUCUCUCUCGGACAAGGUGAUUUUUAUCAAUAUAUUCGGCUCUAUUUACUCUGAUUAGAAAAUGCUAAUUAGCAUGAAAGUAGACAUCAUGCAAAACUACAAAUCCCCGCAAGCUCCUGCAAGUUAUCUCUAGUUGACACCUUUGCUAAAAGGUAUUGUGUCAAUAUGCACAAGACAGUUCACUGAACUGUCAAUUUUAAAGAAAUGUUGCCAAUUUAUUCAUUACUACAUUUAGCUAACAUUAGAUGGUUAAUCCAGACAUUCUUACCUUUGCCUCGAUUCGGCAUGCUCGUCCAGAUCAUGGCAUUUGUAGUUCUUUAUGAUAGCCACAUUUGCAGCUAAUUAGCAUUUCUUUUUUGGGGGGGUAAAUACAGGCAAAUAUAUUGAUGGAAAUCACAUUGUCCUAAAGAGAUUUACAUGGUUAUCAAAACCUCAUGCCAGGUUAAGCCUACAUGAAACACAGCCCUUACUUUAAGUGUCUCUACAUCCCCUAUGGGAAAAAUCUAUGGUGGAAAAAUUAUUGGAACCAUUUCCCUGAUUGACCUCUAGGUUUUAUGGGUAUUAUGACUCAUACAUGUACAUUUUUUUUACAUUUUAGUCAUUUAGCAGACACUCUUAUCCAGAGCGACUUACAGUUAGUGAGUGCAUACAUCAUUAUUUUUGUAUUUUAUAUAUAUAUAUAUAUAUAUAAUAUAUUUUUUUAUUUUUUUUAUUAUUUUUUUUUAACUGGCCCCCCGUGCGAAUUGAACCCACAACCCUGGCGUUGCAAACGCCAUGCUCAACCAACUGAGCUACAUCCCUGCCGGCCAUUCCCUCCCCUAUCCUGGACGACGCUGGGCCAAUUGUGCGCCGCCCCAUGGGUCUCCCGGUCACGGCCAGCUACGACAGAGCCUGGAUACGAACCAGGAUCUCUAGUGGCACAGCUAGCACUGCAAUACAGUGCCUUAGACCACUGGGCCACUCGGGAGACAAUACUGUGGUACUCUAUAUAAUUAAAUAUGCACAUAUUUGCAUAUCCUGUAAAUCCAUUUUUCUGGAAACUGUCAUUAGCCCGUGGUGCCUGGCCUUGAGUUUCCAUAUAUAUAUAUAUAUAUAUAUGUAGCUCAGCUGGUAGAGCACGGCGCUUGUAACGCCAAGGUAGUGGGUUCGAUCCCCGGGACCACCCAUACACAAAAAUGUAUGCACGCAUGACUGUAUAAAAGCGUCUGCUAAAUGGCUUAUUAUUAUUAUUAUUAUUAUUAUUAUAUAUAUAUUAUAUAUAUAUAUAUAUAUAUAUAUACAGUCAUGGCCAAAAUUGUUGGCACCCCUGAAAUUUUUCCAGAAAAUGAAGUAUUUCUCACAGAAAAGUAUUGAAAUUACACAUGUUUUGCUAUGCACAUGUUUAUUUCCUUUGUGUGUAUUGGAAUAACACAAAAAAAAACAGGAAAAAAGCAAAUUUGACAUAAUUUCACACAAAACUAAAAAAAUGGGCCGGACAAAGUUAUUGGCACCCUUUCAAAAUUGUGGAUAAAUAAGUUUGUUCCAAGCAUGUGAUGCUCCUUUAAACUCACCUGGGGCAAGUAACAGGUGUGGGCAAUCUAAAAAUCACACCUGAAAGCAGAUAAAAAGGAGAGAAGUUGACUCAGUCUUUGCAUUGUGUUUCUGUGUGUGCCACACUAAGCAUGGAGAACAGAAAGAGGAAAAGAGAACUGUCUGAGGACUUGAGAACCAAAAUUGUGGAAAAAUAUCAACAAUCUCAAGGUUACAAGUCCAUCUCCAGAGAUCUAGAUGUUCCUUUGUCCACAGUGCGCAACAUGAUCAAGAAGUUUGCAACCCAUGGCACUGUAGCUAAUCUCCCUGGACGUGGACGGAAGAGAAAAAUUGAUGAAAGGUUGCAACGCAGGAUAGUCCGGAUGGUGGAUAAGCAGCCCCAAACAAGUUCCAAAGAAAUUCAAGCUGUCCUGCAGGCUCAGGGUGCAUCAGUGUCAGCGCGAACUAUACGUCGAAAUUUGAAUGAAAUGAAACGCUAUGGCAGGAGACCCAGGAGGACCCCACUGCUGACACAGAGACAUAAAAAAGCAAGACUACAGUUUGCCAAAAUGUACAUGAGUAAGCCAAAUUCCUUCUGGGAGAACGUCUUAUGGACAGAUGAGACCAAGAUAGAGCUUUUUGGUAAAGCACAUCGUUCUACUGUUUACCGAAAAUGUAAUGAAGCCUUCAAAGAAAAGAACACAGUACCUACAGUCAAAUAUGGUGGAGGUUCAAAGAUGUUUUGGGGUUGUUUUGCUGCCUCUGGCACUGGGUGCCUUGACUGUGUGCAAGGCAUCAUGAAAUCUGAGGAUUACCAAAGGAUUUUGGGUCGCAAUGUAGGGCCCAGUGUCAGAAAGCUGUGUUUGCGUCCGAGAUCAUGGGUCUUCCAGCAGGACAAUGACCCCAAACAUACUUCAAAAAGCACCCAGAAAUGGAUGGCAACAAAGCGCUGGAGAGUUCUGAAGUGGCCAGCAAUGAGUCCAGAUCUUAAUCCCAUUGAACACCUGUGGAGAGAUCUUAAAAUUGCUGUUGGGAAAAGGCACCCAUCCAAUAUGAGAGACCUGGAGCAGUUUGCAAAAGAAGAGUGGUCCAAAAUUCCGGGUGAGAGGUGUAAGAAGCUUAUUGAUGGUUAUAGGAAGCAGAUGAUUUCAGUUAUUUUUUCCAAAGGGUGUGCAACUAAAUAUUAAGUUAAGGGUGCCAAUCAUUUUGUCCGGCCCAUUUUUUGAGUUUUGUGUGAAAUUAUGUCAAAUUUGUUUUUUUCCUGUUUUUUUUGUGUUAUUCCAAUACACACAAAGGAAAUAAACAUGUGCAUAGCAAAACAUGUGUAAUUUCAAUACUUUUCUGUGAGAAAUACUUCAUUUUCUGGAAAAAUUUCAGGGGUGCCAACAAUUUUGGCCAUGACUGUAUAUAUAUAUAAUUUUUUUUUUUACAGGAUUUCUUGUAGCAUUUUAAAUGAUAAUUGCUCAUGCUGAGAAGACAGUUAAUAGGUUGAAUUGAAUAGGGCUCUUGGCAUUUAAUGCAAAAGACACUGCCUCCUUUGUCCUGUCAAUUGCUCAGUGGAGCUCUAAUCACAAAAUGAGAUUAUGCAUAUCAAAGAUAGUACACUACAUGACCAAAGUAUGUGGACACCUGCUCGUCGAACAUCUCAUUCCAAAAUCAUGGGUAUUAAUAUGGAGCCUUCUGGGAAGGCUUUCCACCAGAUGUUGGAACUUUGCUGCAGGGACUUGCUUCCAUUCAGCCACAAUAGCAUUAGUGAGGUUGGACACUGAUGUUGGGCGAUUAGGCCUGGCUCGCAGUUGGCGUUCCAAUUCAUCCCAAAGGUGUUCGAUGGAGUUGAGGUCAGGGCUCUGUGCAGGCCAGUCAAGUUCUUCCACACCGAUCUCGACAAAACAUUUCUGUAUGGACCUCGCUUUGUGCACGAGGGCAUUGUCAUGCUGAAACAGGAAAGGGCCUUCCCCAAACUGUUGCCACAAAGUUAGAAGCACAGAAUCUGUUAGAAUGUCAUUGUAUGCUGUAGUGUUAAGAUUUCCCUUCAUUGGAACUAAGGGGCCUAGCCCGAACAAUGAAAAGCCCCAGACCAUUAUUACUCCUCCACCAAACUUUACAGUUGGCACUAUGCAUUGGGGCAGGUAGCAUUCUCCUGGCCCCGUGUAGCUCAGUUGGUAGAGCAUGGCGUUUGCGAUGCCAGGGUUGUGGGUUCGAUACCCACGGGGGGCCAGUAUGAAAAAUGUAUUCACUCACUAAAUGUUAGUCGCUCUGGAUAAGAGCGUCUGCUAAAUGACUAAAAUGUAAAAAAGUAAAUCUGCAGGGGUGUCCACAUACUUUUGUAUAUAUAGUGUAUUUCCUCAGGCAUGUUGGGCAGCACAAUGCAGUGGUGGCCAACAUAGAUCGUUAAAAGCCUUUCUUCUGUCUGAAAAUUAUACUGCUAGCACAUAACCAUUAUUUGGCUUGAGGGUACCCUCAAUGAUGCCUACCUUAUUGUCUGGAUGUUUGGCAUACUUGGGGCACCCUCAGCCAGAGUUGUGUUGGUCUGAGUUGCACACUGUGUAUGUCUCUUGUCCUAUAGAGUGAGGGGUAACCCUUUACUUGACACCUCCCUGACAAGGCAGAUGUCAUAAACCGUCAUUACGCUGUUGGCUGACGCUAUCAGACUUUACAGUCAUGACACAAACCAUUAUCUAGACAUCUGUCCAGCCCCACGAGUUUGACAUUUGUGUAGCUACUAAUGUUGAACUUGUGGAGCUCGACAUCUAUUAUGUCUUUUCACAUAGCAGCCUUCUUGAUGUUGGCCUUGGAGUGGGGAGUUCAAGUGAAAUGUUGUGUGGUUUUGUUAGUGCAUAGUAUCUACAGUAAAAAGUCAAAAAUAUGUAGGAUUAUGUCAUGUGUCAAUGACUAAAUGAACUAUUUUCUGAUUGACACCUCUGUGCGUACCAACUCAGAGCUCUGCUCUACACUCCGCAAUGCUUGAUUGGCCAGUAAUUCUGCUGAGGAUGUUGGGAUCUUGAAUAUGUCAUGUUAGACCCUCAGAGAGAUGGAGAGUUUAUCAAACUGACAAUAAAAUAGACACGAAAUGGCAUGGUUCUACGGACAUUAUUGAGGAACUGUUAUGGGUUAAUUAAUAAAAGGGCAUUUUUUAUGAUAAAUAUGCAGUAGUGAAACAAAAUGUGGGUUGGGGUCAAUUCCAUUGAAAUGUUUUAAGGAAGUUAACUGACAUUCCAAUUUAAAUUUUCUGUUUACUUUCUGAAUUGAUGGAAUUUAAAAGGAAUCGACCCCAUUAGCUGUGACAGUACUGUUCAUUUUAAUUGUGAAGAAAUUCCUCUAACCUCAAUUCCGUUCUGUUUCAAACCACAAAUUAACAAACAAACAGUUGCAGGACCCGGUCCUGCUUUGUUCUUCGUGCCUCCGUCAAAGCCUGACACUUGUCCUCUUUUUCCAGUGUUGCCUCAGCUCUGCAUUCUGAAACGCCAGACCGCUAUGAGCGUCUCACUUCAGUCUCCAGCUCUGUCGACUUCGAUCAACGGGAUAACGUGAGAAAUCCCUCCCUCCUCCCUCCGAAUGUCUCCCCACCACUGAGGUUGUCUCCUACUGGUCACACGUGCAUCUCUUUAAACGACUCCAUUGGCUUUGCCUCCCAUCCCUGUUAAAUAAUGCAGGAUAAGCAGAGGACUGCAAAGCCACUGGUUGCCAGCCUUGGAUGUGGGUGGAGUCAGGUGGGGUGGGGAGGGGACCUGUCCGCCAGACACAGAUUUCCACUUAGUGACUCCUGAUGGAGACUCCCCACCCCUUAUAGAUACAGUACAUAUAUGUUUUAUUAUAAGGGAGACUUAUCUCCUUAUCUCUCUUGACUCUUCCAACUAAUGCAACACAAUAUUAUAUAUGGUGAUAGUUUGAAUUAAUAUCCUUAGGGUGAAAUGCCCCAGUGUGUGGAACAGACACUCAUAGACAAAUUGUCCUUUAGUCCAAACAACUUGUGACUGUAUUACAGAAAUAUAAGCUAAAGCUAAACCCGUCAGUUAUCCACACACCAAUGUCCCUCAAGAACAUUCUAUGCAACUCCAUACCAUAUCCCUGAGUCAUACGUAGCACUGUAAUCACCCUAGGAGGUCAAAUCAAGUCCAUGUUAUCUCUUUCUACCUCCUAGCCUUUGAAUCCCAGCUGGUAGGCUAGGGCUCUUCCUCUACUCUCCCUGUCUGUUCACUAAAACUCACAUCACGUUUGGGCCACCGCUAUACAUACAUUUAUUUGAUUGAUUGUGUGGAAUUUUUUAUUUUUUUUAAAUCUCCAUGUGUUGAUGUAAUUUCAGCUGUUAUGAAAACACCUUUGAAAAUGUGACUGCCGACUAAUCAUGUUUUGAACUGCAAAUUUUGUUUUAAACUGCAUAUAUUUCAAAUGUCUGAUUUUUGUAUUGUGCAUGUCUACACUGCAGGGCUUCUGUUCCUGGUUAACUGCCAUCUUCAGAAUAAAGUAAGUGGGUCUGUUAUCAACAUUCUAUGUAAAUACUUGAUUGGGAAAAAGCUAGAGAUCAUGCAUGUCAAUGUUGCCUCAAAAUGUGCAACCGAAUGAAUAAUGUUGCUACUGUGCUAAAGACCACACCUCUGAUAAGAACAAACAGUGAUAAAUAACUAUUGCCCUAUUUCAAAACAUUCUUGCCUAGCAAAAAUAUUAGAAUCCUUCAUUAAUUCUCAGCUAUGAUCUUAUCUAUGAAAUGUAUCCAGAAUGUUCAUCAGUCUGGUUUUAGACCAGGACAUAGCACCAUCUCUGCUGCAUCCCAUGUAGUAAAUUAUGUAGUAAAUUGUAUAUAUAAGAGACAACAUUGUGCUGCCGUCUUUCUAGACCUUUCCAAGGCAUUUUACACUGUUGAUCAUUCACUGCUGAUUCAGAGGCUAACUUCAAUUGGCUUAGGUCAGGCCACUUGCAAUUGGUUUAAAGAAAAAUCCACCCAAAACCAUUAAUUCCUUUUUAAUUUACAGUGUUAAAUAACACUAUGUGAGAACAACAUUUUUUGUGAACAAAUGUUUCAUUUUGGCGUUAUAAUAAGGUUGGUAGCAACAUGGAAAAUUGUGGAAAUCUGUUGCAGCUCAAGUCGACUCUAUGGGCUGGCUAGCUAGCUAGCAAACGUAGCUACACACAAUAAUACUAAAGACAAUAUCAGCAUGUAAAGUAGCUAGUUAGCUGUAAAAUUGCCUAAACAAACUGCACUAUCAAUUUAGGAGUCUACAAUCUCACCAUGUUCAACCUGCAGAUUGAUGUGCGUGAGGCACAAUACAUCUCUGGCAACGGCACCAUGCAAUGGACCCUGUACUAAAGAGGCAGACAAAUAUGAAAAAUUUGCUAGACCCUCUGUUAAAUUACACAUUUCUCGAGGUAGGCAUAUCACAAAAAUAUGAUCAAUGGCUCAUUCGAGAGAAGACAUCCUCCCAAGUUAUGACAUCGGCCAGUAUUGAAAUCUGACAUCUACGAUAGACGUUUUCGCAAUCUAAAUGUCAUAUUCCUAUUAACUUCCAGUGUAGUGAGAGGGACUUAAUCACAGUGCUACAUCAUACCGGCCGGAUUUCUGCCUGCUUGAACGCCAAUAACUCAGAUACACAUGAAACCCAGGGAAUCGAUAGAACAGAAAUGCACAGAAACAAUAUAACAUUCAAAAUGUGUGAACCUUUCCUUUAAAAAACGACUUGACAGAUCUAACACAAUGUGUGUCUAUUGAUGGUGUUCAGUUAAGUUUCCUUAAUGUAACAAAAGGUGUUCCGCAAGGGCUGAUUCUGGGUGCAGUACUUUUUACUAUCUACAUUAACAAUAUUGGUUUGUCAGUGAAUAAUUGUAAACUGCACCAGUAUGCCGAUGUUACUGUUGCGUAUUCUAUUCCCCUCCACCGUGGACCAGGCUCUAGCUGACCUACAGACUGCUUUCAUUGUAUUACAAAAAUAUACUAAUUGACCUAAAAUUAAAAUACGGGAAAAACAAAGUAUAUGUUGUUUUCUAGAGCGCUCUACAAUGACUCUUAAGAUGUAAGCAUAUGUACAUUGGAUAGUGCCCAAAUUGAUCAUGUCCCUGCUUACAAAUAUCUGGACAUUUGGAUAACUAAGAAGCUGAGAAUAAAACUGGACUUCUAUAGAAAUAGGUCAUGCCUCUUACUUAAUUGUAGAAAGCAGAUCAUUCAGUCGACGUUCCUACCAGUCCGAGACUAUGGCGACAUCAUCUACAUUGUUGCAGCUGCCACUUCAUUAAAGCCGUUAGAUGCAGUGCACUUUGUUUUAUCACAGGCAACAGGUUUUGCACUCAUCACUGCAUUCCCUAUCAGAAAGUAGGCUGGCCCUCUUUGACAUUGCGUAGGUCAAAAUAUUUCAUUCUGUUUAUUUAUAAAGCCCUUUUGCUAAAACUCCCGUGUUACCUAACAUUGUAACUAACCUAUAGAAGUAUGAGUUACCAUAUCCUGUCGCAGAGAUGACUAACUCUUGAAAUUCCUUCUGUCACUACAGAUUUAGUAGUAGUUGUUUUUUAUUAUUGUGUGUUUUGUCUUUUCAAAUCAAAUGUUAUUUGUCACAUGCGCCAAAUACAACAGGUGUAGACCUUACCGUGAAAUGCUUACUUACAAGCCCUUAACCAACAAUGCAGUUCAAGAAAUAGAGUUAAGAAAAUAUUGACUAAAUAAACUAAAGUCAAAAAAUCAAAUAACAUCAAAAAGUAACACAAGAAAAUUACAUAACAAUAACGAGGCUAUAUACAGGGGGUACCGAGUCAAUAUGCGGGGGUACAGGUUAGUCGAGGCAAUUUGUAAAGUGACUAUGCAUAGAUAAUAAACAGCGGGUAGCAGCAGUGUAAAAACAAAGGGGAGGGGUCAAUGUAAAUUGUCCGGGUGGCCAUUUGAUUAAUUGUUCAGCAGUCGCAUGGCUUGGUGGGUAGAAGCUGUUAAGGGGCCUUUUGGUCCUAGACUUGGCGCUCUGGUAUCGCUUGCUGUGCGGUAGCAGCAAGAACAGUCUAUGACUUGGGUGACUAGAGUCUUUGACAAUUUUUUGGGCCUUCCUCUGACACCGCCUAGUAUAUUGGUCCUGGAUGUCAGGAAGCUUGCCUCCAGUGAUGUACUGGGCCGUACACACUACCCUCUGUAGCGCCUUACGGUCAGAUGCCGAGCAGUUGCCAUACCAGGUGGUGAUGCAACCGUUCAGGAUGCUCUCGAUGGUGCAGCUGUAGAACUUGGUGUGUUUGGACAGUGAUAGUUUGUUGGUGAUGUGGACACCAAGGAACUUGAAACUCUCGACCCGCUCCACUUCUUUGUGUUUCCUAUGGUCCUUCCUUGAUUGUGUAAUUGCUUGGUCUUGUCAUGCAGGGCUCCCUUGAAAAAUAGAUAUUGGUAUCAAUGGGACUCCCCUGCCUAAAUAAAGGUUAAAUAAAAUAAAAUCCAAUACUGUAAUCUAAUACAGUUUUUACGUUCCCCACAAACAAUACAUUUACUUACACCAUUUUUUAAAAGAGGGUAAAUGACCUUUGUUUAAACAGCCCCUUGAAAACAUUUUUGGGGGGUGUAUCCCCUCUUGUACAUAUCAGUGCAUAACCGGCAAUUUGGAAGGGCUGGGUUGUUAAACCAUGGGGGCUGUUUGAAAUUCAAAUUAUAAUGGUCUUUAACAAUGCAAGUGUUAAUGAAUUUACCUGCAAAAAACACAGCUCAAUUCCCACAGACAGUAAAAAACAGACCUGGGCAGAAAAUAAUUGUCUUUUGCAGUUUAUUUUAAAAUACCAACUUUUCAAAUACUCUAGGUAGUCGAAUAUAGAGUUUCAAAAACAGAGUUUUCAAAGGCAAUUAUUUUCUUUGCUGUUCAAAUACAGGUCUCAGAAAAACAAAUAAUAUUUGAAAGUAUUUUGCAUACUUUUCAGAGGAGUACCUUCAGAAAGUAUUCACACCCCUUGACUUUUUCCACAUUUUGUUGUUACAAAGUGUGAUUAAGAUGGAUUUAAUUGUCAUUUUUUGGUCAACGAUCUACACAAAAUACUCUGAAGUGGAAGAAAAAUUCUAAAAUGUGUAAAAAAUGUAUGCAAAAUAAACUCAUGUAUCUUGAUUAUUAGUCCCCUGUAGCUCAGUUGGUAGAGCAUGGCGCUUGCAACGCAAAGGUUGUGGGUUCGUUUCCCACGGGGGGCCAGUAUGAAAAUGUAUGCACUCACUAACUGUAAGUCGCUCUGGAUAAGAGCGUCUGCUAAAUGACUAAAAUGUAAAUGUAAAAUGAUUAGAUAAGUAUUCAACCCCCUGAGUCGAUACAUGUUAGAAUCACCUUUAGCAGCAAUUACAGCUGUGAGUAUUUCUGGGUUAGUCUCUAAGAGCGUUCCACACCUGAAUUGUGCAACAUUUGCCCAUUAUUCUUUUCAAAAUUCUUCAAGCUCUGUCAAACUGGUUGUUGAUCAUUGCUGGACAACCAUUUUCUGGUGUUGCCAUAGAUUGUCAAAGAUUUAAGUCAAAACUGUAACUCGGCCACAGAAACAUUCACAGUCUUCUUGGUAAGCAACUCCACUGUAGAUUUGGCCUAUUGUCCUGCUGAACGGUUAAUUAAUCUCCCAGUGUCUGGUGGAAAGCAGACUGAACCAGGUUUUCCUCUAGAAUUUUGCCUGUGCUUAGCUCCAUUCAGUUAAUUUUUUUAUCCUGAAAAACUCCCCAGUCCAUUACGAUUACAAGCAUACCCAUAACAUGAUACAGUCAUCACUAUCCUUGAAAAUAUAGACCGUGGUACUCAGUAAUGUGUUGUAUUGAAUUUACCCCAAACAUAACAUAUUCAGGACAAAAAGCGAAUUGCUUUGCCACAUUUUUUUGCAGUAUUACUUUAGUGACUUGUUGCAAACAGGAUGCAUGUUUUGGAAUAUUUUUAUUCUGUACAGCCUUCCUUUUCCCUCUGUCAAUUAGGUUUGGAUUGUGGAGUAACUACAAUCAGAGCCAUUAAACUCUGUAACUGUUUUACUGAGUUAGGAAGGACACCUGUAUCUCUGUAGUGACUAGGUUUAUUAAUACACAUUUGACAUUUUACAUUUUAGUCAUUUAGCAGACGCUCUUAUCCAGAGCGACUUACAGUUAGUGAAUACAUAUUUUUUUUAUACUGGCCCCCCGUGGGAAUCGAACCCACAACCCUGGCGUUGCAAACGCCAUGCUCUAUCAACUGAGCUACAUCCCUGCCGGCCAUUCCCUACCCUGGACGACGCUUGGCCAAUUGUGCGCCGCCCAUGAGUCUCCCGGUCGCGGCCGGCUGCGACAGAGCCUGGAUUCGAACCAGGAUCUAGUGGCACAGUUAGCACUGCGAUGCAGUGCCUUAGACCACUGCGCCACUCAGGAGAUGCGCCACUUUGGAGAUUUGGAGACACCAUCCAAAGUGUAAUUAAUAACUUUACCAAUGCUCAAAGGGAUAUUCAAUGUCUGCUUUUUUUAUUCCCACCCUUCUUCGCGAGGCAUUGGAAAACCUCUCUGGUCUUUGGUUGUAUCUGUGUUCGAAAUUCACUGCUCGACUGAGGGACUUUACAGAUAAUUGUAUGUGUGGGGUACAGAGAUGAGGUAGUCAUUUAAAAAUAAUGUUAAACACUAUUAUUGCACACAGUGAGUCCAUGCAACUAAUUAUGUGACUUGUUAAGUAGGUGUUUACUCCUGAACGUAUUUAGGCUUGCCAUAACAAAGGGGCAAUACUUAUUGACCCAAAACAUUUUUGCUAUUUAUUUUUUAUUAAUUUGCAAACAUUUUGAAAAACAUAAUUCCGCUUUUACAUUAUGUAUGGGGUAUAGUGUGUAGGCCAUAGACACAAAAUCUAAAUUUAAUCAAUUUAAAAUUCUGGCAGUAACACAAAUUAUGUGGUAAAAGUCGAGGGAUGUGAAUACUUUCUGAAGGCACUGUAUGACAGUUAUUUGAAAAUCCCAACAUAUUUAUUUGAUGGCUGCCAAAUAUUUGAAGAACCAAAAACUACAACAGCUAUUUGAAUUAGUAUAAAUAUAUACUGAACAAAAAUAUAAACACAACAUGUAAAGUGUUGGUCCCAUGUUUCAUGAGCUGAAUUAAAACAUCCAAUACAUUUUCCAUAUGCACAAAAUACUUAUUUCUCUCAAAUUUUGUGAAUUUAUUUGAAUUGACUGAUUUCCUUAUAUGAACUGUAACUCAGUCAAAUCUUUGAAAUUGUUGCGUUUAUAUUUGUGUUCAGUGUAUGAUCAUUAUUAACACAUGGUUUGGAGGGCUCUCAGAUAUGAAUUUUAAUAUAUCACCUAGAAAUAAAUACGAGGGACAUAGAAUCAUCUCAACAUUAGAGUAGACCACUUUUGCAUUUUCUAAAUGACUAACAAAUAUAUUUUCAUAAUGAGUGAGACAUAAGGUAAUAUAGUAACACUUGACAUCAAGUUCUUAUACAUGUGUAGUUACUUUGAUUAUUACAAUAGCAACAUUGGUGUUACGUAGGACUUUGGAAAUUGUUUUAUAAGUGCAUAAUAGAGUAAUACCAUAGUUAUAAAAACUCUCAGCUCAUUGCUAUGCAAUUAUCAAAGUGUUAUUUAACAACAUGCUAAUAAAAUGUUGCUCCAAAAGUAAUUUGUUUUAUUACACAGGCAUAAGAACAGUUUAAUGUUAACAAAAUCUGGCUAUUAAAUGUCGAAAGGGGAAACAAUGUAAGAACUGCCUUCUUGAAUCAACUACAGCCAAGGUAGGUUGAAAAUCAUGUUAGUUUAUAUUCUGUGUAAACUGUCCCUUUAAAGAUGGUUAUAGUGUGUUUGAAACAAGCACACUUACCCUCAGAUGGAAAAAGGGGUUCAAAAUAGUUUUUGCUAAGCAUCCAACUUGCUGUUUGCAAAUGGCUUUGAAUGUCUCUGCAGUAUUUUCAGGUAUCAUAAAAUCAAUUGCGGCUUUCGACUUUUUCAGUGGCAUGUUGAUAGUCAUACAGUAGUUGAGCGUCACAACUUGUUUAUACUUAUCAGUACAAAAUUGGUUUGACUUGAUUAUCUACACCUGGGGCAAUGGACAUUCAGGAGAAUGUACAUUUAGAGAAGUUUCAGAUAUAAAUGUAUUGUGUAGAUCAAAUAUGAUCUGCUGUCGGAUAGAUUGGAAUAGUAUAAGAAAUUGUAUGUGCUCUAUUCAUAUAUUUCUAUCUGCAACAUGCAGUUCUAGAUACAGCUGUGCCAUUAGUUGAAGGCACCCAAUCCAAUAGUUUUUGAAAAGAAGUCACUUCCUGAGGUGUAUAAAAACAAAAAAGUAGUUGCUUUCUCAGAUCUGUAUUCACGUAGUUUUAAAAACUAAGUUACUUUCUGAGAUCUGUAUUCAAAUAGUUUAGAAAAAUUAACUAUUUUGGGGUAUCUGUAUUCAAAUAUUUGCAGUCACCUCCAAACAAACUAUUUGUUCCUCCCAACAACAUUUUGACUUUCCACAAAGCAUAGUUAAAACUAGUUAUACCAGGUCUGCACAUGACUUGGUCUCAGUCUGGGCUUUUGGUCGUUUAAAAUGAAAAAAAAACAUGUACCCCCUACCCCUUUCACCAAAAAUAAGGUCACAAAGUUUAAAAAGAAGGUUAUUGUCUCUGUGUAAAUGGGGCUCAAUUUAUACUCCAAAAGUUAACCCACUUCUCCUGCCCUUACCCCGCCUAGGGACGAGGAGAUCCGGGAGAAGUGUGGUGAGGACGCCGUGCACUACCUUUCAUUCCAGCGCCACAUCAUCGGCCAGCUGGUGGUUGUUGGGGUUCUGUCUGUGGGCAUCGUCCUGCCAGUCAACUUUUCUGGAGACCUUUUGGGUGAGUGUGCCAGAUUUCCCUUCAUUUCUAUUAAUGAGAUUUACCUCUUGUUUACCUUAUAAAUCCAUUAUUAAUGAGAUCACCUUAAGCUAAAGACACACUACAUAGUUUUUGUUGUCAUGUGAGACUUUGUAUAUAAAUGAUGUGACUUCAAUUUUUUUUUUACAAUGGAACAAUAUGAAGGGAGUCGUAUUCCAUCAGAUUUGCACAUAGAAGUAGCAUAUCUGCUCUCCAUUGUACAGUUAGUUUACAAAAUCUCCUAUGACAACAAAAUCACAAAUGGAUCAAUGAGUCCUUGUUUUGGGGUUAUGAUAUGCCAAAAUGGCCCAUUUAAGGCAUUUGCAGUGCCUUCAAAAAGUAUUCAUACCACUUGACUUAUUUCACAUUUUGUUGUGUUACAACAUGAAUUCAAAAUGGAAUCCAAUCUACACACAAUACCCCAUAAUGAAAAAGUGAAAACAUAUUUGUAGAAUGUAUUGAAAAUUAAAUACAGAAGUAUUCACACCCCUCAGUCAAUACAUGUUAGAAUCACAUUUGGCAGCCAUUACAGCUGUGAGUCUUUCUGGGUAUGUAUCUAAGAGGUUUGCACACUUGUAUUGAACAAUAUUUGCAAAUUAUUCUUUUUUUAAAUUCUUCAAGCUCUGUCAAGUUGAUUGUUGAUCAUUGCUAGACAGCCAUUUUCAAGUCUUGCAAUAGAUUUUCAAGCCAAUUUAAGUCAAAACUGAAACUAGGCCACUCAGGAACAUUCAACAUCAUCUUGGUAACUAAUUCCAUUAUAUAUUUGGCCUUGUGCUUUAGGUUAUUGUCCUAAUGUAAGGUGAAUUUGUCUCCCAGUGUCUGUUGGAAAGCACUGAACCAGGUUUUCCUUUAGGAUUUUAUCGGUGCUUAGCUCUAUUCCGCUUAUUUUUAUCCUAAAAACUCCCUAGUCCUCGCUGAUGACAAGCAUACCCAUAACAUGAUUCAGCCACCACUAUGCUUGAAAAUAUGAAGAGUGGGACUCAGUGAUGUGUUGUAUAGAAUUUGCCCCAAACAUAACACUUUCUAUUCAGGAUAUAAAGUUAUUUUUAAAAUUGUUGUUUUACUUUGACCCCUUUUUCUCCCUAAUUUUGUGGUAUCCAAUUGGUAGUUACAGUCUUGUCUCAUCGCUGCAACUCCCCUACGGACUCAGGAGAGGUGAAGGUUGAGAGCCAUGCGUCCCCCGAAACACGACCCUGCUUCUUGACACACUGCUCGCUUAACCCGGAAGCCAGCUGCUCCAAUGUGUCAGAGGAAACACCGUACAACUGACAAUCGAAGUCAGCUUGCAGGCGCCCGGGCCGCCCCAAGGAGUCGCUAGAGCACGAUGAGAAAUCCCGGCCGGCCAAACCCGGAUGACGCUGGGCCAAUUGUGCGCCACCUCAUGGGUCUCCAGGUCACGGCCGGCUGUGACACAGCCUGGGAUCGAACCCGAGGCUGUAGUGACACCUCAGCACUGCAAAAGUUCAUUUCUUUGCCACAUUUUUUGCAGUUUUACUUUAGUGCCUUAUUGCAAACAAGGUGCGUGUUUUGGAAUAUUUUUAUUCUGAACAGGCUUCCCUCUUGUCAUCACUACCGAGUUCUAAACUGCCUCUGGAAGCAACAUCAGUACAAUAACUGUUCGUCGGGAGCUUCAGGAAAUGGGUUUCCAUGGCCGAGCAGCCGCACACAAGCCUAAGAUCACCAUGCGCAAUGCCAAGCGUCGGCUGGAGUUGUGUAAAGCUCACCGCCAUUGGACUCUGGAGCAGUGGAAACGCGUUCUCUGGAGUGAUGAAUCACGCUUCACUAUCUGGCAGUCCGACGGACGAAUCUGGGUUUGGCGGAUGCCAGGAGAACGCUACCUACCCCAAUGCAUAGUGCCAACUGUAAAGUUUGGUGGAGAAGGAAUAACAGUCUGGGGCUGUUUUUCAUGGUUCGGGCUAGGCCCCUUAGUUCUAGUGAAGGGAAAUCUUUAACGCUACAGCAUACAAUGACAUUCUAGACGAUUCUGUGCUUCCAACUUUGUGGCAACAGUUUGGGGAAGGCCCUUUCCUGUUUCAGCAUGACAAUGCCCCAGUGCACAAAGCGAGGUCCAUACAGAAAUGGUUUGUUGAAAUCGGUGUGGAAGAACUUGACUGGCCUGCACAGAGCCCUGACCUCAACCCCAUCUAACACCUUUGGAAUGAAUUGGAAGACCGACUGCCAGCCAGGCCUAAUCGCCCAACAUCAGUGCCCGACCUCACUAAUGCUCUUGUGGCUGAAUGGAAGCAAGUCCCCGCAGCAAUGUUCCAACGUCUAGUGGAAAGACUUCCCAGAAGAGUGGAGGCUGUUAUAGCAGCAAAGGGGGAACAACUCCAUGUUAAUGUCCAUUUUGGAAUGAGAUAUUCGACAAGCAGGUGUCUACAUAUUUUUGGUCAUGUAGUGUAUCUCAGCUGUUAGGUUGUAUUCUUCUGCAGACUACUUUAUUUACGUUGACUAUCAUAGGUAAAUUGUUACAAGAAAGUAUUAUUUAAAUUGACCAACAGAUAGCUAAAUACAGAUAAUAGAAAUACUUAAAGGAAAUGUCACAAGAAAAUGUCUAUAUACAGUGUUCUCUUUUUGUCACCAGAAAAUAAUGCAUACAGCUUUGGGCGGACCACUAUAGCAAACCUGAAGUCUGGGUUGGUACAUUUUUUACAACACGCUUUUGUUAUUUUGUUGGUUAUUAAACCAAUGGCAUUAUUUGAAAAGAAAGAAUGAUGGUAGUUACGGAAAAUCCCAGCAGGCAAAACUGGUUGCAAUGACUUUAUUAUUAAGUAUUUUGGUACAUCAUGAUCAGAUGAUUGGUUGUAAUGUUUUAAAUAUUUAAAACAACCAGCAAAAACAAUUUACUUAUUGGUUGUCAUCUGCUUAUCUGACCAGAUAACAACCAAAAUAUACUGUCUUUCCUUGACGUCUUAAUGACAUCAUGAAAAAUACAUCUUCAUCUUGUUGUAGUCUGACCUUCCCUGUAACUAUUCCCCUGGUCAUUGCUGUAAAUGAGAAUGUGUUCUCAGUCAACUUACCUGGUAAAAUAAGGGUAAAAUAAAUAAAUAGAAAACCAGUUUACAACUAGAAAAUUAUAUCAAUAUGACAUUCCAACCCAAAUGUUUGCCCACUAGGAUGUGUAGGUCCACAGCUAUCAAGUGUUAGUGUUGACUUAUCAAAUCUCUUCUGCGUUUUCUCAGGACUAACCUCUUGUGGCUCCACACUUUGUUUGCAUUCAUAUACCUGCUUCUGACUGUGUACAGCAUGAGACGACACACGUCCAAGAUGCAUUACAAGGAGGACGACCUGGUAAAGUUGAUUUAUUUUAUUUAUCCAGCUUAGUCAAAUUCAGAUGAAUGCAAUGUCCACUUAAUCAGUGGGCUACUAUAGGAACAUUUGGAAUGUAAUAGUUAUGAUGUACAGUAAAAAAAAAAAAAAUUCAGCAGUCAUAAAUCAAGGCAUAUGCUCUUUUUCAGGUGAAACGCACUUUAUUUAUCAAUGGGAUCUCCAAAUAUGCCGAAGAGGUCCACAUAAAACAACACUUUGAGUAAGCGUUUCUCUGGUUUCAUUUAUUGUCAGGCAUCAGCAAGGCAUUGGCUUGCACCUGCAUGUGUGGUACAUUAUACAGUGGGGUCCGAAUGUAUUGACAUCAUUGAUAAAGAUGAGAAAUAAUGACUGUAUAAAAUAAAUAAUUCAAAUACUGAGCUAUAUUGUAUGCAAAAAAAGGGAAAUUAUAUUUUAUACUACUAAAGUUGCUCAGAAAGAGAUUUUCUUUAACAAGUAACAUUUUCUUUCUCAGAAAGUUAGGGGUCAAAAUGAUUGACACCACUAAAGACUCUUAUAAAUAAAGUAGUCAAAAGUUUAGUAUUUGGUCCCAUAUUCCUAGCAUGCUGUGACUACAUCAAGCUUGUGACCCUACAAACUUUUUGGAUGCAUUUACAGUUCCUUUUGGUUGUUUCAGAUUAUGUUGUGCCCAAUUAAAUGAAUGGUACAGGUGAAGUCGGAAGUUUACAUACACUUAGGUUGGAGUCAUUAAAACUCGUGUUUCAACCACUUUUUAUUUUUAACAAACUAUAGUUUUGGCAAGUCGGUUAGGACAUCUACUUUGUGCAUGACACAAGGAAUUUUUCCAACAAUUGUUUACAGACAGAUUAUUUCACUUAUAAUUCACUGUAUCACAAUUCCAGUGGGUCAGAAGUUUACAUACACUAAAUUGACUGUGCCUUUUAAACAGCUUGGAAAACUCCAGAAAAUGAUGUCAUGGCUUUAGAAGCUUCUGAUAGGCUAAUUGACAUCAUUUGAGUAAAUUUGAGGUGUACCUGUGGAUGUAUUUCAAGGCCUACCUUCAAACUCAGUGCCUCUUUGCUUGACAUCAUGGGAAAAUCAAAAGAAAUCAGGCAAGACCUCAGAAAAAUAAUUGUAGACCUCCACAAGUCUGGUUCAUCCUUGGGAGCAAUUUCCAAAUGCCUGAAGGUACCACGUUUAUCUGCACAAACAAUAGUACACAAGUAUAAACACCAUGGGACCACGCAGCCGUCAUACCGCUCAGGAAGGAGACGUGUUCUGUCUCCUAGAGAUGAAUGUACUUUGGUGCGAAAAGUUCAAAUCAAUCCCAGAACAACAGCAAAUGACCUUCAAAUCAAAUCAAAUUGUGUUGGUCACAUGUGCCGAAUACAACAGGUGCAGACAUUACAGUGAAAUGCUUACUUACAGCCCUUAACCAACAGUGCAUUUAUUUUAAACAAAAAAAAGUAAAAAUAAAACAACAACAAAAAAAAGUGUUGAGAAAAAAAAAGAGCAGAAGUAAAAUAAAGUGACAGUAGGGAGGCUGUAUAUAUACAGUGGGGUACCGUUGCAGAGUCAAUGUGCGGGGGCACCGGCUAGUUGAGGUAGUUGAGGUAAUAUGUACAUGUGGGUAGAGUUAAAGUGACUAUGCAUAAAUACUUAACAGAGUAGCAGCAGCGUAGAAAGGAUGGGGUGGGGGGGCAGUGCAAAUAGUCCGGGUAGCCAUGAUUAGCUGUUCAGGAGUCUUAUGGCUUGGGGGUAGAAGCUGUUGAGAAGUCUUUUGGACCUAGACUUGGCACUCCGGUACCGCUUGCCGUGCGGUAGCAGAGAGAACAGUCUAUGACUAGGGUGGCUGGAGUCUUUGACAAUUUUGAGGGCCUUCCUCUGACACCGCCUGGUAUAGAGGUCCUGGAUGGCAGGAAGCUUUGCCCCAGUGAUGUACUGGGCCGUACGCACUUCCCUCUGUAGUGCCUUGCAGUCGGAGGCCAAGCAGUUGCCAUACCAGGCGGUGAUGCAACCAGUCAGGAUGCUCUCGAUGGUGCAGCUGUAGAAUUUUUUGAGGAUCUGAGGACCCAUGCCAAAUCUUUUCAGUCUCCUUAGGGGGAAUAGGCUUUGUCGUGCCCUCUUCACGACUGUCUUGGUGUGUUUGGACCAUGAUAGUUUGUUGGUGAUGUGGACACCAAGGAACUUGAAGCUCUCAACUUGUUCCACUACAGCCCCGUCGAUGAGAAUGGGGGCAUGCUCAGUCCUCUUUUUUUUCCCUGUAGUCCACAAUCAUCUCCUUUGUCUUGGUCACGUUGAGGGAGAGGUUGUUGUCCUGGCACCACACGGCCAGAUCUCUGACCUCCUCCCUAUAGGCUGUCUCAUCGUUGUCGGUGAUCAGGCCUACCACUGUUGUGUCGUCGGCAAACUUAAUGAUGGUGUUGGAGUCGUGCCUGGCCAUGCAGUCAUGGGUGAACAGAGAGUACAGGAGGGGACUGAGCACGCACCCCUGAGGGGCCCCCGUGUUGAGGAUCAGUGUGGCAGAUGUGUUGUUACCUACCCUUACCACCUGGGGGCGGCCUGUCAGGAAGUCCAGGAUCCAGUUGCAGAGGGAGGUGUUUAGUCCCAGGAUCCUUAGCUUAGUGAUGAGCUUAGAGUGCACUAUGGUGUUGAAUGCUGAGCUGUAGUCAAUGAAUAGCAUUCUCACGUAGGUGUUCCUCUUGUCCAGGUGGGAAAGGGCAGUGUGGAGUGCAAUAGAGAUUGCAUCAUCUGUGGAUCUGUUGGGGCGGUAUGCAAAUUUGUAGAGUUGUGAAGAUGCUGGAGGAAACAGGUACAAAAGGAUCUAUAUCCAUAGUAAAACGAGCCCCAUAUUGACAUAACCUGAAAGGCCGCUCAGCAAGGAAGAAGCCACUGCUCCAAAACGGCCAUAAAAAUGCCAGACUACGGUUUGCAACUGCACAUUGGGACAAAGAUUGUACUUUUUGGAGAAAUGUCCUCCGGUCUGAUGAAACAAAAAUAGAACUGUUUGGCCAUAAUGACCAUCGUUAUGUUUGGAGGAAAAGGGGGAUGGCUUGCAAGCCGAAGAACACCAUCCCAACCGUGAAGCACGGGGGUGGCAGCAUCAUGCUGUGGGGGUGCUUUGCUGCAGGAGGGAUUGGUGCACUUCACAAAGUAGAUGGCAUCAUGAGGAAGGAAAAUUGAGGAUAUAUUGAAGCAACAUCUCAAGACAUCAGUCAAGAAGUUAAAGGUUGCUCGCAAAUGGGUCUUCCAAAUGGACAAUGACCCCAAGCAGACUUCCAAAGUUGUGGUAAAAUGGCUUAAGGACAACAAAGUCAAGGUAUUGGAAUGGCCAUCACAAAGCCCUGACCUCAAUCCUAUAGAACAUUUGUGGGCAGAACUGAAAAAGCGUGUGCGAGCAAGGAGGCCUACAAACCUGACUCAGUUACACCAGCUCUGUCAGUAGGAAUGGGCCAAAAUUCACCCAACUUAUUGUGGGAAGCUUGUGGAAGGCUACCUGAAAUGUUUGACCCAUGUUAAACAAUUUAAAGGCAAUGCUACCAAAUACUAAUUGAGUGUAUGUAAACUUCUGACCCACUGGGAAUGUGAUGAAAGAAAUAAAAGCUGAAAUAAAUCAUUCUCUCUACUAUUAUUCUGACAUUUCACAUUCUUAAAAUAAAGUGGUGAUCCUAACUGACAUAAGAUUACUAGGAUUAAAUGUCAGGAAUUGUGAAAAACUGAGUUUAAAUGUAUUUGGCUAAGGUGUAUGUAAACUUCCGACUUCAACUGUAAGUAAUGUAUUGUCAUUUUGGAGUCACUUUUAUUUUAAAUAAGAAAAUAAUAAUGUGUUUUUAAACACUUUCUAAAUAUAUGUUUCUAAACAUGACCAAUAACAGGGGAGGUUAGCAUGUCUUGGGGGUAUGAUUUCUCACUCAUCAUUAUUCACGAUUAAUUCAGGAUUAUCUGUAAUCAUGGGAGCUUCCACAUUAAUGUAGAAGUGUUUAGGAAAAUAUUAUAUUCUUAUUUAUAAUAAAAGUGACUCCAAAAUGACACAAUACAUUGUUUACCAUUAAUUUAUAUUUGGCUAAAAUAAUCUUAAACACACCCAAAACGAACUGUAAAUGCAUCCAACAAGUUUGUAGAGUCACAUGCUUGAUGUAGUCAUUUCAUGCUAGGAAUAAGGGAACAAAUACUACACUUUUUACUACUUUAUUUAUAAGAAUAUUUAGGGGUGUCAAUCAUUUUGACCCUUACCUUUUUGAGAGAAAAUAAUAUUACUUGUUAAACAAAAUAUCUUUCUAUGAGCAAUUGUAUUGUUAUAAAACAAAAAAUUAUUGUUGUCUAUCAACAAUGACAAGCCACCGGGGUCUGACAACUUGGAUGGAAAAUUACUGAGGAUAAUAGUGGAUGAUAUCGGCAGUCCUAUUUGCCAUAUCUUCAGUCUAAGCCUACUUGAAAGUGUGUGCCUUCAGGCCUGGAGGGAAGCAAAAGCAAUUCCGCUACCCAAGAAUAGUAAAGCCCCCUUUACUGGCUCAAAUAGCCGACCCAUUAGCCUGUUACCAACCUUUAGUAAACUUUUGGAAAAAAUUGUGUUUGACCAGAUACAAUGCUAUUUUACUUUAAGCAAAUUUACCACAGACUUUCAGCACGCUUAAAGGGAAGGACAUUCAACAAGUACGGCACUUACACAAAUGACUGGUGAUUGGCUGAGAGAAAUUUAUGAUAAAGAGAUUGUGGGAGCUGUUUUGUUAGACUUCAGUACGGCUUUUGACAUUAUCGAUCAUAGUCUGCUGAUGGAAAAACGUAUGUUUUAUGGCUUUACACCCCUGCUAUAUUGUGGAGAAAGAACCUGUCUAACAAAACACAGAGGGUGUUCUUUAAUGGAAGCCUCUCCAACAUAAUCCAGGUAGAAUCAGGAAUUCCCCAGGGCAGCUGGCUGCAAUGACGGCAACACUUAACAAACUGCAGUUCGUUUCAGAAUGGGUGGCAAGGAGUAAGUUAGUCCUAAAUAUUUUAAAAAUGAAAAGCAUUGUAUUUGGGACAAAUCAUUCACUAAACCAUGAACCUCAACUAAAUCUUGUAAUAAAUCAUGUUUAAAUUGAGCAAGUUGAGGUGACUAAACUGCUGUAGUAACCCUGGAUUGUAAACUGUCAUGGUCAAAACAUGUUGAUACAACAGUAGCUAAGAUGCGGAGAAGUCUGUCCAUAAUAAAGCGCUACUCUGCCUUUUUAACAACACUAUCAACAAGGCAGGUCUUACAGGCUCUAGUUUUGUCGCACUGGGACUACUGUUCAGUUGUGUGGUCAGGUGCCACAAAGAGAGACCUCAGAAAAUUACAAUUGGCUCAACAGGGCAGCACGGCUAGCCCUUAAAUGUACACGGAGGGCUAACAUUAAUGAUAUACAUGUAAAUCUCUCAUGGCUCAAAGUGGAAGAGAGAUUGACUUCAUCACUACUUGUUUUUGUAAGAAGUGUUGUCAUGCUGAAUGCACAGAGGUGUCUGUUUAAACUACUAGCACACAGUUCGGACACCCAUGCAUACCCCACAAGACAUGCCACCAAAGGUCUCUUCACAAUCCCCAAGUCAAGAACAGACUAUGGGAGGCGCGCAGUACUACAUAGAGCCAUGGCUACAUGGAACUCUAUUCCACAUCAGGUAACGGAUGCAAGCAGUAGAAUCAGAUUUUAAAAUACACCUUAUGGACAGCAGGGACUGUGAAGAGACACACACACACACACACACACACACACAGGCACAGACACACAUACACAUAAGACACACACUCUACACACACAUACACAUGGAUGUUGUAUUGUAAAUAUGUGAUAGUGGAGUAGUGGCCUGAGGGAACAAACUAAAUGUAUUGGGUAAAGUGUUAUGAAAUGUAAUGUCAUGUAAUAUUUUAAAUGGUAUAUAACUGCCUUAACUUUGCUGGACCCCAGGAAGAGUAGCUGGUGCCUUGGCAGCAGCUAAUGGGGAUCCUUAAUAAAUCCAAACAGAUAAGCAUAAUUAGCAUAAUAUAUAGCUCAGUAUUUGAUGUGUUUAUUUUAUACAGUCAUUAUUGCUCAUCUUUCUCAAGGGUGUCAAUUUCGGACCCCACUGUAUGUGCCUUCAGAAAGUAUUCAUACCCCUUGACUUAUUCCACAUUUUGUUGUGUUAGUCUGAAUUCAAAAUGGAUUAAAAAUAUUAUAAUCUCACUCAUCCACACACAAUGCCCCAUAAUGACAAAGUGAGAACAUGUUUUUAGAAAGUUUUGCAAAUGUAUUGAAAAUGAAAUACAGAAAUAUCUAAUUUACAUAAGUAUUCACACCCAUUUGCUAGGACACUCCAAAUUGAGCUCAGGUGCAUCCAAUUUCCUUGGUCAUCCUUGAGCUGUUACUACAACCUGAUUGGUGUCCACCUGUGGCCGAUUCAAUUGUUUGGACAUAAUUUAGAAAGAAACACUCCUGUCUAUAUAAGGUCCCAAGGAACUGCCCGUAGAUAUCCGAGAUUGAAUUGUGAUUAGGUAUACAGUAUAUCUGGGGAAGGUGUCGUGGAAAUUCACCACUAAGGACUCAAAGUUAAUGAACAUAUCUUUAUUAUCACGGCCGGAGAGGUUACAACAAACGUAAUACUCAAAGUACAAGUCUGUCAGAAGCUCUGAAGGGGUGCUCUCCCUUCAGCACUCUUUAUACUCAUGCACAAACUAGGCGUCUCUGCUCUCAGGGUGCAAUAGGCUGAUCAUGACCUUGCACACACAGUUUCUAGGUGUUGGGCCAAAGUAGCAAUAUGUUCCCUUAUUUCUGUUCUUCUAUCAGUCCCUUCCCUGAGAGCAGUCACAGAACAUCCUAACACAAUAACAAGAAACAAUACGCUACAUGUAGUCACGCAUUUGCAGAGACACAAAGGACACAAAAAAUGUCCACUACAAAAGAUACAAAACAAUUUCUAGAUUGUUGAAAGUUUCCAAGAGCACAGUGGUCUCCAUCAUUGGUAAAUUGAAAAAAUAUGGAACUACCCAGCUGGUUGUCCAUAAGCAUAAGGCAAAAUAUUAUGUGGUCUGAUGAGACCAAAAUUAAACUAUGUCUGGAGAAAACCUGGCACAGCUAAUCACCUGUCUAACACCAUCCCUACUGUGAAGCAUGGUGGUGGCAGCAGCAUGCUAUAGGGAUGCUUUUCAGCGGCAGGGACUGGGAGACUGGUAAGGAUAGAGGGAACAAUGAAUGGAACCAAAUACAGGCAAAUCCUUGAUGAGAACCUGUUUCACAGUGCAAACAACCUUAAACUGGUGCAAAUAUUUACAUUCCAACAGGACAAUGACCCCAAGCAUACAGCCAAAGCAAUGCUGGAAUGGCUUUUGAACAAGAAUGUGAAAGUCCUUGAGUGGCCCAGGCGAAGCCCAGACUUGAAUACUAUUGAAAAUCUGUGGAAAUACUUGAAGAUUACUGUUCAAUGCCGCUCCCCAUCUAAUUCAACAGAGCUUGAGAAAAUCUACAAGGAAGAAUGGGAGAAAAUCCCCAAAUCCAGAUGUGCAAAGCUGAUACAAGACGACUCAAAGCUGUAAUCGCGGCCAAAGGUGCUUCUACAAAGUAUUGACUCAGGGGUGUGAAUACUUACAGUACCAGUGAAAAGUUUGGACACACCUACUGAAGAACUUUGAACGUUUCUUAAAGUGCAGUCGCAAAGAUCAUCAAGCGCUAUGAUGAAACUGGCUCUCAUGAGGUCCUCCACAGGAAAGGAAGAUUGCUGCAAAGAAACCACUUCUAAAGGAUACCAAUAAGAAGAGACUUGCUUGGGCCAAGAAACCCGAGCAAUGGACAUUAGACCGGUGGAAAUCUGUCCUUUGGUCUGAUGAGUCCAAAUUUGAGAUUUUUGGUUCCAACCGCCGUGUCUUUGUGAGACGCAGAGUAGGUGAACGGAUUAUCUCUGCAAGUGUGGUUCCCACAGUGAAGCUUGGAGGAGGAGGUGUGAUGGGGGGGGGGGGGUGCUUUGCUGGUCAGUGAUUUAUUUAGAAUUCAAGGCACACUUAACCAGCAUGGCUACCACAGCAUUCUGCAGCGAUACGCCAUCCCAUCUUGUUUGGCCUUAGUGGGACUAUCAUUUGUUUUUCAACAGGAUAGUGACCCAACACACCUCCAGGCUGUGUAAGGACUAUUUGACCAAGAAGGAGAGUGAUGGAGUGCUGCAUCAGAUGACCUGGCCUCCACAAUCACCCAACCUCAACCCAAUUGAGAUUGUUUGGGAUGAGUUGGACCGCAGCGUGAAGGAAAAGCAGCCAACAAGUGCUCAGCAUAUGUGGGAACUCCUUCAAGACUGUUGGAAAAGCAUUCCAGGUGAAGCUGGUUGAGAGAAUGCCAAGAGUGUGUGCAAAGCUGUCAUCAAGGCAAAGGGUGUAUACUUUGAAGACUCUCAAAUAUAAAAUGUAUUUUGAUUUGUUUAACAUUUUUUUGGUUACUACAUGAUUCCAUAUGUAUUAUUUCAUAGUUUUGAUAUCUUCACUGUUAUUCUAAAAUGUAGAAAAUAGUUUAAAAAAAUAAGAAAAACCCUUGAAUGAGUAGGUGUGUCCAAACUUUUGACUGGUACUGUAUUUAUUUUUCAAAACAUUUGCAAACAUUUCUAAAAACAUGUUUUCACUUUGUCAUUAUGGGUUAAUGUGUAUAGAUAGAUGGAUGAGAAGAAAAAAAUCUAUUUAAUCCAUUUUUUAUUCAGUUAGUAACACAACAAACUGUGGAAUAAGCCAAGAGGUAUGAAUACUUUCUGAAGGCACUGUAUGUGGGAAGUGGGUUAAGAUCAGUGGUGUGAAGUACUUAAGUAAAAAUACUUUAAAGUACUACUUAAGUAGUUUUUUGGAGUAUAUGUACUUUACUAAAAAAUAAAAUAAAAAUAAAUAAAAAAUAAAAAUAUAAAAUGUAAUUAAAAAAUAAUAAAAUGAAAUAAACAAAAAAUGCCAUUUAGCGACUUAGUCAUGCGUGCAUACAUUUUUUGUGUAUGGGUGGUCCCGGCGAUCGAACCCACUACCCUGGCGUUACAAGCGCCAUGCUCUACCAAUUGAGCUACAGAGGACCACUUUACUAUUUUAUAUUUUUUACAACUUUUACUCUACUACGUUCUUAAAGAAAAUAAUGUACUUAUUGCUCCAUACAUUUUCCCUGACGCCCAAAAGUACUUGUUACAUUUUGAAUGUUUAGCAAGACAGGAAAAUGGUAUAAUUCACACACUUUCAAGAGAACAUCCCUGGUUAUCCCUACGUUUCUGAUCUGGCGGACUCACUAAACACACAUGCGUCAUUUGUAAAUGAUGUCUGAGUGUUGGAGUGUUCCCCUGGCUAUCCGUAAAUUUUAAAAAACAAGAAAAUCGUGCCGUCUGGUUUGCUUAAUAUAAAAUUUUUUAAAUGAUUGAUACUUUUGCUUUUGAUACUUAGGUAUAAUUUAGUAGUUACAUUUACUUUUGAUAAUUAAGUAUAUUUAAACCCAAAUAUUUUUAGAAUUUUACACAAGUGGUAAUUUGCUUGGUGACUUUCACUUUUACUUGAGUCAUUUUCUAUUAAGGUAUCUUUACUUUUACUCAAGUAUGAUAAUUGGGUACUUUUUCCACCACUGGUUAAGAUUGCAUUGUCAGCAUAUUGUACCAGUCAAUCUCCUGUUCUGGAUUAAACCCAAGCACAUUGGAAUACAGGCACAUCUGUUUUAGGCCCAGUCAAAAUAGAACUCUGACAGUGAAUGAUUGUGUAAGUUCCCCCGUUUACCUUGAAGACACCACAGAUGAAAUUGUUCCCCAUCUGAUUUAUCAUUCAGAAAUGUUCAAAUGAAAUGUAAAACCAAGGUGACUCACUGAUGGACAGACGUUAGUGUACUAAUAUUGGAGGUGUAGCUCAAUUUAUCCUAUAUACUGAACAUCGGUAUAUAUUCGGUAAAAAAAUUUUGUCACUGCAUUUUAAGAUCACAGACUUGAUCAACUCUCAUUAUAGUAUGGUAAUUGUUCUGUUUUGUUUUCUCGCCAUUGUCACACAGACAAGCCUAUGAGAACUGCAUUGUUCUGGAUGCUCGAAUCUGCUACAACGUAGCCAAACUCAUGUCCCUGAAUGCUGAGAGGUGAGACCUUUACCUGCUGUUCACCAAUUGUGUUCAUUCUCACUUUCCUUUAGAAUGCUUCAUCACAAUUUCAGCCCCCAACAUAUCCCCCAACAUAUCCAACCCCCACUACAUAAAAUGGCAGUGCUUGGCAAAAUUGUACAGAUGUAGGAUUGUAGGUGAGGCCUAGCCCCCGAAGUGACUCUUUACACUGUAUGCAAAGAUUUCCUUUAUGUUGUCUUAAGAAUUCAGCCUUGUCUGUGUUGCUCUCCACAUCCCCCAUUCUAUCACACCUCUGUGAAACAGGUUCCGUUGUCUUUAUAUCCUGCGGGUCUGAUAUCUGAUUGGAAGUUAACUCAACAGUAAUGCUAUUGGUCAACAACUCAGAUUUUGAAUCCAAACAAGUCAGAUUCUCUUUGUUCCUGACCUGCGUUGGUGAAAUAUACACUGUCGUUCUAUCUCUGUCUCCCCCAAGAGCUACGGGACAUGGCACAAGUCAUGACGUCUCUCUCAUUCCCUGUCUGAUCAUGCGUAGAAUAAUGCCUUGUAACUUAAGCUUAUGCCUUGUAUAAUUGAAUCAUUUAUUUUUACAAUGAUGUUACGUAUUUUUGCCUUUGACAACUCAGACCUUUCUUGAUAGCCUAUUACUGUAACUCAACUAUAGUUUCUUGCAUUUUGCUAAAUAAUCUUUAUGGAGUCAGAAAAACAUUUUAAUAGGCUAAUUACAUAGUCUUAUCACGGGUCACGUGAGGUAUAUAUUAUCUAGCCUAUAUGAUAAGUAUUACUUCACUACAGGAUUUUAAUUUGAUCACACUUUUGUUGCUGAGAUUUGCCUGUGCUGCAAUGCAGGUGAGUGAUUUACAUAAAUUCACUGAAAACCCGCACUAACACAUGGUUAUAUUAUCCGUAUUCCACUUUACAUGUAGCCUAAUUUUGACCAGCGAUCAAGCAACAUGAUGGACUAAACGUUAAAAUCCUGUUUCUGCGACAAUACAGGUCUAAUUAAGAUCCAACAUCUGUAGUUACUGUAGAAGAACUCCAGGUGGAAUUUAUUCCUGCCUUUUUGAAGGAGACAAAAAGCACCCAAAAGCAUAAAAUUGUUGACCAGACGUAGAGAUAUUACAUUAAUUAAAUUAUUUACCUCCUCACGCUCAACAAAUGGGUCAAGGCAAGUGUAAGGUCCAUAAAAUAGUGUUUGAAUUGUAUAUGGAGACGCAGGGUUGGGUGAGUAACUACAUGAGGAGUAACUAAACAUUAACCCUUACUUUAACCAUUCGGAGUUAAUGCCUAACCUUAAGAAUUUGGAGUUAAUGCCUAAACUUAGAUUACUUUACUGAGUUUGGGUAAUCCAAAAAUUACGUUAUUGAUUAUAAUUUUGGAUAGGUAACUGUAACAGAUUAGAUUUAGAAAGUAACUGUUACAUGUUUACUUCUUGGAUUACAUUUAAAUGCAGAAACGAUGAUUGCGAAAAAUGACAUUCAUUUCAGCAUUGGAAAAAAUAAACGCAAGUGUAAGUUUGUUCCACACGAGUGAGUCUGACCAGAAGUCCGAGACCACUAUGAUGACACACCUAAUGUGUUUGAUGGAUCCUUUUUGUCUUCUAAUGCCUCUUCAAGGAAUAAUCCACUCAAACUACAUUUGGUUCACUGUUAAUACAGUGAUGUGGCAAGUUACACUUUGCUUCUUGAAAAUCCUAUAUCUUGAACAGGUAGUUCACCCGUGAUACAAGUCAGUAUUCAACAUCCAUCCAUGUCUGAGGACGUCGGGAGAUGACGUGGAAACCAGCCACUAGGGGCAACAGUGAGCGCUGUUACCAUCAAGUAGGCUUUGGUUUUGCUAGGGUGUUGUGAACGGGGAUGGUGGAUGGGCGUCUGCCUCUGGUUCCAAAGAUUGCAUGUUUGAAUCCAGCGAUAGAAAGUUGUUUUUGUCAGCAUCUGCCUCUGGUUCCAAAGGUUGCAUGUUCGAAUCCAGCGAUAGAAAGUUGUUUUUGAAAUUUUUGUUUUAAGCCUAUCCCAAACCUUAACCAUUACCUUAACCAUUCGGAGUUAAUGCCUAAACUUAGAUUACUUUACUGAGUUUGGGUAAUCCAAAAGUUACUUUACUGAUAUAUAAUUUUGGAUAGGUAACUGAUAUAUAAUUUUGGAUAGGUAACUAGUAACUGUAACAGAUGACAUUUAGAAAGUAACCUACCCAACCCUGUAGACGAACGACUUUGUUUAAAGUUAUUCACAGUUAUGGACACUGUUGCAUAAACAUGUUAUCUGUGUGACCUAUAAGAUAUCGGAGGAGAGAGGCCAUAUUCUUUAGGUCAGUGAGUUCUGAUGACGGAAGUAGCCCUUGAUGACUCAGCAGCGGCCAUCUUUAUCUCCUCCUACUCGCCCACUGGUGCUAAACACUAUUGAUCUCCAGUGGAUGGAGAAAUCCUCCAUGCUACUGGUAUUGAUUGCCAAAGUUAUGGGUCGAAAUGCACUCACCCGAAGACUUGAGCUUGACUUUGUCUGUUGUGUGAGCGUGUUUAUGCAUGUUUGCGAGUGUAUGUACUGCUCUGAUGAGGACGUACAGUAUGUCACCAUGCAUGUGUACAGGAUUGUGCGUCGAUGUGUGCACCGUGUGCAGAGCUCUCAAUAUGAUUUUUGUGUCCGCGUGUGUGUGUCGCCUCACAGGAAGAAGACAGAGCGCAGUUUAAAGUUCUUCACUGAUCUCAUGGCCAAAGAGCACAUGCCCACCAUGAUCAACCCCAAGCCCUGUGGCCACCUCUGCUGCUGUGUCAUCAAAGGCUGUGAGCAGGUUGGACACCCGGAAAACCAUCACAUUUAUUAGGCUGUACCUUUAGGGAUGUGCAAAUUAAACUACUGUGCAAUGUUAUGUAAAGUAUAAUCUGUCAUUGUAUUUCAGGAAGAGGCAGUGAGCUUCUAUACUAAGCGGGAGGCCAAACUGAAGGAGGAGUACAGAAAGGAGAAAGAGAAGGUGAACACCAAACCUCUUGGCAUGGCGUUCGUCACUUUCCAGAAUGAGGCCAUGACUGCAAUGUGAGUCGAUCUCGACAUAAUUUGAUGUUUGUGUGGUGUAUUUGUUUGUUUGUGCAUGCAUGCUCUGCUAUAUGUGAUCAGGAUGGUCUUUCAAAACGUCUCAGUAGAUCAGUGCCAUCGCCAAAUUAAAUAAAAGCUUGUUUAGCCUACUCAAUUUCCUUGCCAUUUACCACUUUUCACAGAAUCCUAAAGGACUUCAAUGCAUGCCAAUGCCAUGGCUGCACAUGCCGCCAAGAGCCCAGGUCAUCCCAGUUCAGUGAAAGUCUCCACAUCUACAACUGGAGUGUGAGCUAUGCUCCUGAUCCUCAGAACGUGCGUUGGUAAGAGACAGUGUCCUGCACAGGGUGGGCCAGCAAUAGAAUUUAGAAUAUAAUUAGAAUAAUACUCAUUAUAUUUCUAUGGGGCCAGCACCAACUAUGAUGUUGAGGUAGAACAAAGGGGAGCGGCAAGAAAGGCAAAAAGAGACUAUCAUCCUUUAGAAGUGCUGCGUAAUCCUUUCUGCAUGAGCAACUGCACUCCACGCCUUUGCACUCAAGGACAAAAUGUGGCUAUGGGCAGAGAUGGAAAGAGGGGAUGGGGUUAUGACGGGUAUUUGUCCAAAACUUAUUAAUGAUCCCCAGCCCCACUUGACCUCCAGUCAGCUCUUUACCUGAACCCCUGACUUUGGCGCUUCGUGGCUUACUUGCCAAUAAUUUAACCCACUCAGUCUCCGCCCAUGCUUAGCUGGCUCCACAUCAAAUCAAAUAAAACGUUAUUUGUCACAUGCGCCGAAUACAACAGGUGUAGACUUUACUGCUAAAUGCUUACUUACGAGCCCUUUGCCAACAAUGCAGAGUUGUAAGACAAAUUUGCUAAAUAAAAAAAGGAAGUAAUAACAUAAUAAAAUAACAAGGUUAUAUAAAAUAAGUACCUUUACCGAGUCAAUGUGCAGGGGUACAAGGUAAUUGAGGUAAUAUGUACAUGUAGGUAGGGGUAAAAGUGACUAGGCAAUCAGGAUAGAUAAACAGCGUAACAGCAGCGUGUGUGAAAGUGUGUCUGUGUGAGUGUGUGUGUGUGUGUGUGGCGUCAAUAUGCAUGUGUGUGUGUUGGAAUGUUAGUGUAGUAUGAGUCCAGUGAGUGUGCAUAGAGCCAGCAUUUUAUUAGGAUCCCUAUUAGCUGUUUGCGAAGGCAGCAGCUACUCUUCCUGGGGUCCACAGCCAGUGUAAGAGAGUCAGUGCAAAGAAAAGAGGGGGUCAAUGAAAAUAGUCUGGGUAGCCAUUUGAUUAACUGUUCAGCAGUCUUAUUGCUUUGGGGUAGAAGCUGUUCAGGAGCCUUUCGGUCCCAGACUUGGGUUAGGGUUAGGUAGCAGAGAGAACAGUCUAUGACUUGGGUGGCUGAAGUCUGUGACUAUAUUUUUGGGGCGUUCCUCUGACACCGCCUGGUAUAGAGAUCCUGGAUGACAGGGAGCCAGUCAAGAUAAUAAUAAUAUAAUAUGCCAUUUAGCAGACGCUUCUAUCCAAAGCGACUUACAGUCAUGUGUGCUCUCAAUGGUGCAGCUGUAGAACUUUUUGAGGAUCCGAGGGCCCAUGCCAAAUCUUUUCAGCCUCCUGAGGGGAAAGAGGCAUUGUCGUGCCCUCUUCACGACUGUGUUGGGUGUGUUUGGAACAUGAUUUGUCCUUAGUGAUGUGGACUCCGAGGAACCCAUAACCCACUCCACUACAGCCCCGUCGAUGUGAAUGCGGGAGUGCUUGGCCCUCUGUUUCCUGUAGUCCACGAUCAGCUACUUUGUCUUCCUGACGUUGAGGGAGAGGUUGUGGUCCUGGCACCAUACUGCCAGGUCUCUGACCACCUCCCUAUAGGCUGUCUCAUCGUCGUCAGUGAUCAGGCCUACCACCGUUGUGUCGUCGGCAAACUUAAUGAUGGUGUUGGAGUCGUGGGUGAACAGGGAGUACACUCCUGAGGGGCCCCCGUGUUGAGGGUCAGCGUGACGGAUGUGUUGUUGCCUACCCUCACCACCUGGGGGUAGCCCGUCAGGGAGUCCAGGAUCCAGUUGUAGAGGGAGGUGUUCAGUCGCAGGGUCCUUAGCUUAGUGAUGAGCUUAGAGGGUACUAUGGUGUUGAACACUGCGCUGUAGUCAAUGAACAGCAUUCUCACGUAGGUGUUCCUUUUCUCCAGGUGGGAAAGGGCAGUGUGGAGUGCAGUAGAGAUUGCGUAAUCUGUGAAUCUGUUGGGGCGAAUUGGAGUGGGUCCAGGGUGUCUUGGAUGAUGUGAGCCAUGACCAGCCUUUCAAAGCAUUUCAUGGCUACAGAUGUGAGGGCUAUGGGGCGAUAGUCAUUUAGACAGGUUACCUUGGCGUUCUUGUGCACAGGGAUUAUGGUGGUCUGCUUGAAACAUGUAGGUAUUACAGACAGGGUCAGGGAUAGGUUGAACAUGUCAGUGAAUACACUUGCCAGCUGGUCAGACCAUACUCUGAGUAUGCGUCCUGGUAAUCCGUCUGGCCCUGCGGCCUUGUGUAUGUUAACCUGUUUAAAGUGCUUACUCACGUCACUUGGCAGAAAGGGUCAACAUCCAGGGAUGUCUUUAUCUAUAUAUUUCGGGAUAUCUGACAUUUUAUUAGAUAUAUGGAGUAGACAUGCUCCAGAUACGCAUGUCCUUAAUUUCAUAUACGGAGCUAGGAUAUUCUCCGUAAUUUCUACAUGCAUCCAAUCCGGACCUCAGAAAUCUCCCUGCUACCGUAUGAGUCCAGGGAGAUAUCUGGGGUGAGAUACGUUCAAGACACGCACCUGAUGCGCGUGCACCUGCUUACAUAUUUGUAGAAUAUUCUAACUCCAGAAAGGGUAUGUGUCAACAUGCUGACAUAUAGUUGAAGUCGGAAGUUUACAUACACUUAGGCUUGAGUUAUUAAAACUAGUUUUUCAACCACUCCACACAUUUCUUGUUAACAAACUAUAGUUUUGGCAAGUCGGUUAGGACAUUUACUUUGUGCGUGACGCAAGUACUUUUUCCAACAAUUGUUUACAGACAGAUUAUUUCACAUUUUAUUCACUGUAUCACAAUUCCAGUGGGACAGAAGUUUACAUACACUAAGUUGACUGUGCCUUUAAACAGCUUUGAAAAUUCCAGAAAAUUAUGUCAUUGCUUUAGAAACUUCUGAUAGGCUAAUUAACAUAAUUUGAGUCAAUUGGAGGUGUACCUGUGGAUGCAUUUCAAUGCAUACCUUUAAACGCAGUGCCUCUUUUCUUGACAUCGUGGGAAAAUCAAAAGAAAUCAGCCAAAAAUAAUUGUAGACCUCCACAAGUCUGGUUCAUCCUUGGGAGAAAUGUCCAAAUGCCUGAAGGUACCACGUUCAUCUGUACAAACAAUAGUACGCAAGUAUAAACACCAUGGGACCACGCAGCCGUCAUACCGCUCAGGAAGGAGACUCGUUCUGUCUCCUAGAGAUGAACGUACUUUGGUGCAAAAAGUGCAAAUAAAUCCCAGAAGAACAGCAAAGGACCUUGUGAAGAUGCUGGAGGAAACGGGUACAAAAGUAUCUAUAUCCACAGUAAAACGAGUCCUAUAUCGACAUAACCUGAAAGGCCGCUCAGCAAGGAAGAAGUCACUGCUCCAAAACCGCCAUAAAAAAGCCAGACUACGGUUUGCAACUGCACAUGGGGACAAAGAUCGUACUUUUUGGAGAAACGUCCUCUGGUCUGAUGAAACAAAAAUAGAACUGUUUGGCCAUAUUGACCAUUUAUUAUGUUUGGAGGAAAAAGGGGGUAGCUUGCCAGCCGAAGAACACCAUCCCAACCGUGAAGCACGGGGGGGGGCAGCAUCAUGCUGUGGGGGUGCAUUGCUGAAGGAGGGACUGGUGCACUUCACAAAUAGAUGGCAUCAUGAGGAAGGAAAAUGAUGUGGAUAUAUUGAAGCAACAUCUCAAGACAUCACUCAGGAAGUUAAAGCUUGGUCGCAAAUGGGUCUUCCAAAUGGACAAUGACCCCAAGCAGACUUCCAAAGUUGUGGCAAAAUGGCUUAAGGACAACAAAGUCAAGGUAUUGGAUUGGCCAUCACAAAGCCCUGACCUCAAUCCUAUAGAAAAUGUGUGUGCAGACCUGAAAAAGCGUGUGCGAGCAAGGAGGCCUACAAACCUGACUCAGUUACACCAGCUCUGUCAGGAGGAAUGUGCCAAAAUUCACCCAACUUAUUGUGGGAAGCUUGUGAAAGGCUACCUGAAACGUUUGACCCAAGUUAAACAAUUUAAAGGCAAUGCUACCAAAUACUAAUUGAGUGUAUGUAAACUUCUGACCGACUGGGAAUGUGAUGAAAUAAAUAAAAGCUGAAAUAAAUCAUUCUCUCAACUAUUAUUCUGACAUUUCACAUUCUUAAAAUAAAGUGGUGAUCCUAACUGACCUAAAACAGGAAAUUUUUACUAGGAUUAAAUGUCAGGAAUUGUGAAAAACUGAGUUUAAAUGUAUUUGGCUAAGGUGUAUGUAAACUUCUGACUUCAACUGGACUGUAUCUAAGCCUUUAUGUUAAGGCAUGAACAAAUCUACAUAUUUUCUGAAAUGUAUCAUAUCUGUUAGGCUUGUGCGGUAUACCGUUUAUCGGGGUAUUUGGAAAUAGCCACAGGAUGGUUUUUCAAUACUGUUAACUAUUUCUUUGAAGUUUUUUAUUUUUAUACAUUUAAAUAACUGCAGUCAACUUGUGAAAUAAUUUAGGAGAUAAAGAAGAUUGCGUUCUUAAUUUUACCUAUCACAUAAUUUUUCAUUAUGAAUCUUACCGGUAGUCCCGGUUGUUUCUAAGCACCUAACUAUGACAGACCGGAGUGUUGAGGGUCACUCACUGUUGUGCAGCACAUGCCAGGUGAUGUAUCCUGAACAAAAAUAUAAACACAAUAUUCAACAAUUUCAAUGAUUUUACUGAGGUACAGUUCAUAUAAGGAAAUCAGUAAAUUGAAAUAUAUUUAAUGACUGGGCAGGGGCGCAGCCGUGGGUGGGCCUGGGAGGGUAUAGGCCCACCCACUUGGGAGCCAGGCCCACCCACUGGGGAGCUAGGCCCAGCCAGUCAUAAUUAGUUUUUCCCCACAAAAGGGCGUUAUAACAGACAAAAAUACUCCUCAGUUUCAUCAGCUGUACGGGUGGCUGGUCUCAGAUGAUCCCACAGGUGAAUAAGCCGGAUGUGGAGGUUCACGUGGUCUGUGGUUGUGAGGCAGGUUGGACGUACUGCCAAAUUCUGUAAAACGAUGUUGGAGGCAGCUUAUGGUUGAGAAAUGAACAUGACAUUCUCUGGCAACAGCUCUGGUGGACAUUCCUGCAGUCAGCAGGCCAAUUGCUUGCUCCCUCAAAACCUGAGACAUCUGUGGCAUUGUGUUGUGACAAAACUGCACAUUUUAAAGUGGCCUUUUAUUGUCCUCAGCACAAGGUGCACCUGUGUAAUGAUCAUGCUGUUUAAUCAGCUUCUUGGCAAAGGAAAAAUGCUCACUAACAGGGAUGUAAACACAUUUUUGCACAUUUGAGUGAAAUAAGCUUUUUGUGUGUAUGGAAAAUUUCAAGGAUAUUUUAUUUCAGCUCAUGAAAAAUGGGACAAGGACUUUACAUGUUGCGUUUAUAUUUUUGUUCAGUAUAGUUACAGUAUAUAUUUCACAACUAAAUGUUUGCAGCUAAAUAUCCUAUAACUAUUAACUGUCUAAAAUGUGCUAAAUGCUCUGCAGUUGUGCAUUUGGUUUGCUAAUUUAGUAGCUAUUUAGCUAUCGAGCUAAGUGGUUAGCUUCUUCCAAAAUCAAGUUUAGCUUGGUAACAGCAGAGAAUCCCCUCCUGGAUCCUGCUGUCUGAUAUUUGUUUUGUGCAUGCAGCAAACUGUGAGUAGCAUUUUUUAGUUAGUUGUAUAACUUGAUGAGCUGAGAUGUCUGUCCUACAAAUACUUUAGGUCAGAGACUAUAAAAUGUUCGCAAUGUGCUCGUUAGCAUUUAGUUAGCGUUCUCUAUGGGAUGUUACAUUUACUUGUUAGCAUUGCUAACCUUCAGAUUACAACAGCGCCCCUUGCGUUCAGUGCCAGUAUUACUGAAUAUCCCGGUAUGGCACAAGGUCGGUAUGACAAUCUGGAUACCGCCUAAGCCUAAUAUCUGUAGUCAUUACCGGAUCAUUUACGUAUCCAUAUUUCUAAAAAAACAAACACUUUCAAUAGAUGUCCUUACAUAAUAUGUAAUAUUCAUCCUCGUAUGUCUGAUCGAAAAUGGGCUAAAUCUGACUCAUGACAUGUCCAGCGGCCAAAUUAUUUUACCUCUUCAGGCGCCGAAAAUCAUUGUGGUUCUUCACAUGAAGGUGACAUAUCUGAGCAUUAAUUUGCACCAUAUUCAGUAGUAGGCUAUACAAGACACAGAAAGGCAAACAUCGUCAUAUUUCAUCCAAGUUGCUAUUUCCAAAGCAUAUCUCUGCUAUUUCUGUUUAAAAAAUGCUGCAUAGCAAAUCCAGAGCUCCAAUCACAACAUAUACUGUAUUUUCUGUAAAGAUGCAAACGUAGGCCAAUCUUUGCUAAAAAUUUAUUUUAUUUAUUUAACAGAAAUUAAAAGUUGCACACCCUCAAUAACCCUGCCUGCCCUGUUUGAUUUUGACGAUGGAUGCGAUGGGUGCAGAUUGGGUCGCCAGCGGUGGUCCCUCGCAGUCUAGACACAGCUCGGUGGUAGUAUUUGGUCUGUGAUCCACUCCAAACUCUCUCAAUGCAUAAAUCAUUAAUCGAAAUUGUGUCAAUAUGGCAAGAAAAUAUUGUCCUUUCACAUAAUCAUACCACAAGGUAGCUACUCUACCUGCUUCAUUCAUGACGAAAAAACUAACUGGAACAAGCUAGCUAGCUAGCCAAGUAAUACAAAAUCUGCCUAAACGUUUUAAAACGUUAGCUGUCACCUUGAGGCUUGAUAGGGGGUAAAAAUGUUUUUCCCUGAAGGGAAGGCAAUUUUGUUAUUUGUUAGCUUGCUAGGCUACCAGUUAGCUUUUACCCGACUAUCAAGCCUAGCUUGCUACUGCUGCUGGACAAAUUUAGCUAACGUUCUUGAUUCUAGUUACUAAGAUAACUAAAACAUCCCUAAAUUAGCUACUCACUUUAGCGUUAACUUCUUUGAGGUAUUUUCUGAACAGCUUCUCACUUCUUUGUUUAUCAAGUUGUCAGUUUGACCACACAUGGUUUACACACUCAUUUGUUGCGCCCAAAUUCAAAAAUGACAGUUGGAACUCCACAGCAGAAAAUACGUGAUUCUUGUUGCAAGGCUACCAGUUACAGUGCUUUUAGUUUGCGGUUUGUGCGUGCCUUUAUCCAGAGGCAAUAUCAAAAUUAUAGCUAGUGUCUGAAAGAAUUAUAUGGUUUAAUAUUUGUCAAAUUAUUGAGCAUGUCCUCAAAUAAGCAUAAAAAAUGUUCCUUAUUUAGCAUAUCAAAAUGCAUAUCAAGAUCCUGAUAUGGACCUCAGUCAAGAGCAUAUGCAUUGUAUGUGCUGAGAAAAAAAUACUUUGUAGGUCUACUGUCAAUAUUUGUCAUCAUAUAGAGAAAAUAAGAUGUCCACAUAGGCCUAUCUCAGGAUAUCUAAUGAGUCAAUAUCCUGCCAUACCAUUUAUGAUAUCCAGAGGGAAUCCAAAAAUGAUUUGUGCAUGAAAAAAAUAUAGAUUUCAUAUUUGUCCAAUUAUUUAGCGUGUGCUGAAAACUUAGAAAUGCAUCAGAAAUCAUGCUUUAGCAUAUGAAGAUCCGGAUAUGGACCUCAGCCAAGAGAAGCAUAUCUGCAGUCAAUAUAGCUUCAUAUCUUGAAUGUGCUGAGAAAACAGAUAUGCAAUGUAUACAGUCAGUAUUUGUCAACACAAAGAGAGAAAAUAGGAUGUCACAUAUCUCAGGAUAUUGAAUGAGUCCAUAGAAAAUGUCCAUGUGUGAUAUGCGGAGUAAUCCCAAUAUCAUAUAUGUCUAAAAGCCUUAUCUGGAUUCAGACUUUUUCAGGAUAUGGGGCAUAUCCACAAAACUCAAAAUAUGCAUGGGAAAUGGUCUGUAUUAUCUAGAAUGUAAAGACAUCCCCUGAUAUGGACCGUUUAUGCCCAGUGCAUUGGCUACGGAGAGCGUGAUCACACAGUCAUCCGGAACAGCUGGAUCUCUCAUGCAUGGUUCAGUGUUGCUUCCCUCAAAGAGAGGAUAGAAGGCAUUUCACUAGACUGGUAGGCUCGCAUCACUGGGCAGCUCGUGGCUUGGUUUCCCUUUGUAAUCCUUGAUAGUAUGCAAGCCCUACCACAUCCGACGAGCAUCCAAGCCAUGGUAGUAGGAUUCGAUCUUAGUCCUGUAUUCACACUUUGCCUGUUUGAUUGUUCUUCGGAGGGCGUAGCGGGAUUUCUUAUAAACGUCUUGAUUAGUGUCCCGCUCCUUGAAAGCGGCAGCUCUAGCCUUUAGCUCAGUGUGGAUGUUGGCUGUAAUCCAUGGCUUCUGAUUGGGAUAUGUACGCAUGGUCACUCUGAUGACCAGAGGAGGCUGGUGGGAGGAGCUAAAGGAGGACAGGCUCCUUGUAAUUGCUGGAAUGGAAUAAAUGGAACGGUAUCAAACAUAAUUUAAUUCCAGCCAUUACAAUGAGCCUGCCCUCCUAUAGCUCCUCCCACCAGCCUCCACUGGUGAGGACGUUGUCGUAGAUGCACUUAUUAAUGAAGCCGGUGCUGUGGUAAACUCUUCAAUGCCAUCGAAUGAAUCCUGGAACAUAUUCCAGUGUGUGCUAGUGAAACAGUCCUCUAGCUUAGCAUCCGCUUCAUCAGACCACUUCCUGAUUUUAAGUUUUUGCUUGUAAGCAUGAAUCAGGAAGAUAGAGUUAUGGUCAGAUUUGCCAAAUGGAGGGUGAGGGAGAGUUUUGUAUGUGUCUCUGUGUGUGGAGUAAAGGUGAUCUAGAGUUGCACCGGUUACAUGCUGGUAGAAAUGAGGUAAGACUGAUUUCAGUUUUCCUGCAUUAAAAUCACCGGCCUCUGGAUGAGCAUUUUCUUGUUUGCUUAUGGCCUUAUACAGCUUGCUUGUUGAGUGUGGUUUUAGUGUAAGCCAGCAUCGGUUUGUGGUGGUAAAUAGACCGCUACGAAAAAUAUAGAUUAAAACUCUCUUGAUAAAUGUUAUGGUCUACAGUUUAUCAUGAGGUAUUCUCGCUCAGGCGAGCAGAACCUCGACUUCCUUAAUAUUAGAUAUCGCGCAUCAAAGAGCCGCACACCACCCCCCUUGAGUUUACCCAACGCUGCAGUUAUGUCCUGCUGAUGUAUAGAAAAACUAGCUAGAUUUAUAUUUUCCAUGUCCUUGUUCAGCCACGAGUUGGAGAAACAUAGGAUAUUCGAUUUCUUCAAAUCAUGUUGAUAGGAUAGUCUCGAACUGAGCUCAUCCAGUUUAUUCUCCAGUGAUUGCACAUUCGCCAAUAGAACGGAGGGUAGAGGUGGUUUAUCCACUCGCUGACAUAGUCUCGUCAGGUAUCCCACACGCAAGCCUCUAUAACACCGCCUCUAUCGUUUUUCGAAUGUCGGGGGUUUGGGCCUGGUCCGGGAUGAGCAGUAUGUCCUUCGCCACCAACUCAUUGAAGUAGAAAUCCUCCUCCAAAUCAAGGAUUGUUGUUCUGAUAUCCAGAAGCUCUUUUCAGUCAUAGGAAACCAUGGCGUUAACAUUAUGUUUAAAAAAAAGUGAAGAUCAGCAAAAAUAAUAGCACAAUUGGUCAGGGACCGUAAAACAGAAUAGUAGUAUGUGCGUGUGUACACGGGUGUGGUGUUAUCUCGUUCACUGAAUUUUGGUCAAUAGAUUUGAUAUCAACAAAUCUUUGGAUUUUGACAUCUUUUAAGUGAUGAACACCAACACUAGUGUGUUCUAUUUUUCUUAUUUAUAUUACCUUAGCAGAAGGUAUUGUAUUAAGUCUGAUAUGAAGGUAACACUUUAAUGUGCAUGUUGGGAUGACUUGUUUAAAUGCUGGAUGGUUUACAAAUGAUCUCUGUGUAUGUCAACUUCUGUCUGACAGGGAGCACUUAUCGUUGGGGGGUAUUUCCUGGUGGAUUCGCUGCUUCAUCAUCAACUGCAUCCUUUUCCUCCUGCUCUUCUUUCUCACUACACCCGCCAUCAUUAUCUCCACGAUGGACAAGUUUAACGUCACCAAGCCUGUCGAGUAUCUCAAUGUAAGGAAAUCUUCGAUAUCCCCCAAUGUAUUUCACUACAUAUCAAAGGUUUUGUCGUGGCCUGGUUGGUCUAGCAGCCUCUGCCACAUAGGUCCUCAGUAUCGCAUGGGUUCGAAUCCGGCCUACUGCCCUUUGAUACAACCUUUCUCUAUCUUUCCCCUCUGUCAUUCCCACUAUCUGUUAAAUACAAAUCUGAAAAUACCUUUAAAAUAUGUAUUUAAAAAAAGGCUUUGUCAACUGAAACGUCUCAAAUUGAUUCUACAUUGACAUAAUGAAAUAAAAUUAUCCACUGUGAAAUUGCUAGUAAGCCCUUGUACAGGGUUAUUUAUUCUAGUCUAGAGAGCCAUAUCACUGCUGGCUUUCUUUUCUACCUGUUCAUUAAUUGAAUGUCAUUGAUUGACCAGAGUUCAUCUGGGUUGUGUUUAUUAGGGCAGUGGUUCUUAAACCUCUCCUUGGGGACCCGCAGCCGUUCCAUGUACAGUGAGGGAAAAAAGUAUUUGAUCCCCUGCUGAUUUUGUACGUUUGCCCACUGACAAAGAAAUGAUCAGUCUAUAAUUGUAAUGGUAGGUUUAUUUGAACAGUGAGAGACAGAAUAACAACAACAAAAUCCAGAAAAACGCAUGUCAAAAAUGUUAUAAAUUGAUUUGCAUUUUAAUGAGGGAAAUAAGUAUUUGACCCUCUCAAUCAGAAAGAUUUCUGAUUGAGAGGGGGUCAAAUACUUAUUUCCCUCAUUAAAAUGCAAAUCAAUUUAUAUUUGACCCCCUCUCAAUCAGAAAGAUUUCUGUCUCCCAGGUGUAUUUUAUACAGGUAACGAGCUGAGAUUAGGAGCACACUCUUAAAGGGAGUACACCUGUCCACAGAAGCAAUCAAUCAAUCAGAUUCCAAACUCUCCACCAUGGCCAAGACCAAAGAGCUCUCCAAGGAUGUCAGGGACAAGAUUGUAGACCUACACAAGGCUGGAAUGGGCUACAAGACCAUCGCCAAUCAGCUUGGUGAUAAGGUGACAACAGUUGGUGCGAUUAUUCGCAAAUGGAAGAAACACAAAAUAACUGUCAAUCUCCCUCGGCCUGGGGCUCCAUGCAAGAUCUCACCUCGUGGAGUUGCAAUGAUCAUGAGAACGGUGAGGAAUCAGCCCAGAACUACACGGAAGGAUCGUGUCAAUGAUCUCAAGGCAGCUGGGACCAUAGUCACCAAGAAAACAAUUGGUAACACACUACGCCGUGAAGGACUGAAAUCCUGCAGCGCCCGCAAGGUCCCCCUGCUCAAGAAAGCACAUAUACAUGCCCGUCUGAAGUUUGCCAAUGAACAUCUGAAUGAUUCAGAGGAGAACUGGGUGAAAGUGUUGUGGUCAGAUGAGACCAAAAUGGAGCUCUUUGGCAUCAACUCAACUCGCCGUGUUUGGAGGAGGAGGAAUGCUGCUUUUGACCCCAAGAACACCAUCCUCACCGUCAAACAUGAAGGUGGAAACAUUAUGCUUUGGGGGUGUUUUUCUGCUAAGGGGACAGGACAAUUUCACCGCAUCAAAGGGACGAUGGACGGGGCCAUGUACCUUCAAAUCUUGGGUGAGAACCUCCUUCCCUCAGCCAGGGCAUUGAAAAUGGGUCGUGGAUGGGUAUUCCAGCAUGACAAUGACCCAAAACACACGGCCAAGGCAACAAAGGAGUGGCUCAAGAAGAAGCACAUUAAGGUCCUGGAGUGGCCUAGUCAGUCUCCAGACCUUAAUCCCAUAGAAAAUCUGUGGAGGGAGCUGAAGGUUCAAGUUGCCAAACGUCAGGCUCGAAACCUUAAUGACUUGGAGAAGAUCUGCAAAGAGGAGUGGGACAAAAUCCCUCCUGAGAUGUGUGCAAACCUGGUGGCCAACUACUUUUAUUUUUUAUUUUUUAUUUCACCUUUAUUUAACCAGGUAAGCCAGUUGAGAACAGGUUCUCAUUUACAACUGCGACCUGGCCAAGAUAAAGCAAAGUAGUGCAAUAAAAAACAACACAGAGUUACAUAUGGGGUAAAAAACAUAAAGUCAGAAAUACAACAGAAAAUAUAUAUACAGUGUGUGCAAAUGUAGCAAGUUAUGGAGGUAAGGCAAUAAAUAGGCUAUAGUGCAGAAUAAUUACAAUAGUAUUAACACUGGAAUGCUAGAUGUGCAAGAGAUUAUGUGCAAAUAGAGAUACUGGGGUGCAAAAGAGCAAAAUAAAUAACAAUAUAGGGAUGAGGUAGUUGGGUGGGCUAAUUUCAGAUGGGCUGUGUACAGGUGCAGUGAUCGGUAAGGUGCUCUGACAACUGAUGCUUAAAGUUAUUGAGGGAGAUAAGAGUCUCCAGCUUCAGAGAUUUUUGCAAUUCGUUCCAGUCUUUGGCAGCAGAGAACUGGAAGGAAUGGCGGCCAAAGGAGGUGUUGGCUUUGGGAAUGACCAGUGAGAUAUACCUGCUGGAGCGCAGACUACGGGUGGGUGCUGCUAUGGUGACCAAUGAGCUAAGAUAAGGCGGGGAUUUGCCUAGCAGUGAUUUAUAGAUGGCCUGGAGCCAGUGGGUUUGACGACGAACAUGUAGUGAGGACCAGCCAACAAGAGCGUACAGGUCACAGUGGUGGGUAGUGUAUGGGGCUUUGGAGACAAAACGGAUGGCACUGUGAUAGACUACAUCCAAUUUGCUGAGUAGAGUGUUGGAGGCUAUUUUGUAAAUGACAUCGCCGAAGUCAAGGAUCGGUAGGAUAGUCAGUUUUACGAGGGCAUGUUUGGCAGCAUGAGUGAAGGAGGCUUUGUUGCGAAAUAGGAAGCCGAUUCUAGAUUUAACUUUGGAUUGGAGAUUCUUUAUGUGAGUCUGGAAGUUGAGUUUACAGUCUAACCAGACACCUAGGUAUUUGUAGUUGUCCACAUACUCUAGGUCAGACCCGUCGAGAGUGGUGAUUCUAGUCGGGUGGGCGGGUGCCAGCAGCGUUCGAUUGAAAAUCAUGCAUUUAGUUUUACUAGUGUUUAAGAGCAGUUGGAGGCUACUGAAGGAUUGUUGUAUGGCAUUGAAGCUCGUUUGGAGGUUUGUUAACACAGUGUCCAAUGAAGGGCCAGAUGUAUACAAAAUGGUGUCGUCUGCGUAGAGGUGGAUCUGAGAGUCACCAGCAGCAAGAGCGACAUCAUUGAUAUACACAGAGAAAAGUGUCGGCCCAAGAAUUGAACCCUGUGGCACCCCCAUAGAGACUGCCAUAGGUCCAGACAACAGGCCCUCCGAUUUGACACACUGAACUCUAUCUGAGAAGUAGUUGGUGAACCAGGCGAGGCAGUCGAGAAACAUCUGACCACUGUGAUUGCCAACAAGGGUUUUGCCACCAAGUACUAAGUCAUGUUUUGCAGAGUGGUCAAAUACUUAUUUCCCUCAUAAAAAUGCAAAUAAAUUUAUAGCAUUUUUGACAUGCGUUUAUUUUAUUUUUAUUUUUAUUCUGUCUCUCACUGUUCAAAUAAACCUACCAUUAAAAUCAUAGACUGAUCAUUUCUUUGUCAGUGGGCAAACGUACAAAAUCAGCAGGGGAUCAAAUACUUUUUUCCCUCACUGUAUUUGAUAUAUUCCAGAGCUAGCCAACCUGAUUCAACUUGCCAACUAAUCAUCAAGCCUUUGACUAGGUAAUUUAGUUGAGAGCUAGUUCAGGGCUACAACAAGAUUGUGAAACGUCUGGGGAUUCCCGAGGAGAGGUUUGAAAAACACUGUUAGGGUAGACCACAAAAGAACGUUUUAAAAGGUUUUGCAACGGAAAAUGAAAAAUUACCAUUGUUAUUGGUGAAUUCCAGGUAGUCCCUUUCCAUUUCAUGUCCUUCCCUUAAUGAACAGAACCCUGCUUUCCCAGGUCUGAUUCAGUCCUUGAUUAGAGGGUAAGAAUCAAAACCAGCAAUGCUUCUGACAUAAUUUAAUAGUCAUACCCUGCCCUGCCUUAGUACUUUGCUCAGUGAGAAAGGAGUCAUUGUUCUUAGCAUGGUGUUAUAAAUUGCAGUUGGACAGAAUCUAAAGCUUUUUGGUACAGUGCUGAAUCUGAGGGCCUUUGAGGAGCAAGGCUUUGUUGACUAUUGAGGAAGUGUCUGUCUUCUGUUCCCUCCUGUCCUUUUUCUCCAGAACCCCAUCGUCACCCAGUUCUUCCCCACUUUGCUCCUGUGGGCUUUCUCUGCCCUGCUGCCCACCAUCGUCUACUACUCUGCUUUCUUCGAGAAACACUGGACGAGGUACUGUUCACUUUCCUAUCGUUAGCUAUAUGCUUUGCAAGUUGCACCGAGGGUUAGGCCAUACUGGUCCUAGGGAUUUUCCAGGACCAAAUGAGUUGCUGAUUUGGUUUAAAGAACAGAAAUCAGCACGAACAGCGGAGACUGGGGUUGCUCUUCCCUGAGUUAUGAGAAUUAUCAAUCAAUCAGAUGUAUUUUAUAAAGCCCUUUUACAUCAGCAAAGUGCUUUACAUAUACUCAGCUUAAAACCCCAAAGAGCAAGCAAUGCAGAGGCAGAAGCACAGUGGCUAGGAAAAACUCCCUAGAAGGCAGGAACCGAGGAAAAAACCUAGAGGAACCAGGUUCUGAGGGGUGGCCAGUCCUCUUCUGGCUGUACCGGGUAGAAAUUUAAAGGCCCAGUGCACUCAAUAACGUGAUUUUCCUGUGUUUUAUUUAUAUUUCCACACUACGAGGUUGGAAUAAUACUGUGAAAUUGUGAAAAUGAUGAUAAUGCCCUUUUAGUGUAAGAGCUGUUUUAAAAAGACCUCCUGAAAUUUCUGCCUGUUUUGGUGGGAUGGAGUUUUGACCUGCCUGGUGACAUCACCAGGCAGCAGAGUUGUGGACUCGAGUCACAUGACAUGGAAUCGAGUCUGAUUCUAGUCAAAAAUGUGAUGACUUGAGACUCGACUUGAUAGAAAGUAAAAUAUCUUGAGACUUGAGUUGGAGCCUCAAGACGGGACUCGACUUUGACUUGAGAGAUGACUUGAAAUUAUCUGGCCAGGUUUUGUAAUGUUUUAUCACUCAUUUUGUGGCACAGAGUCUGUGUGGAGUACUCGCCACACUGAGACAGUAGCCUCAGCAUCUCCCUUGCUAUUUUUUUUUGCAAGAGAUUGACUAGUAAAACACACACACUGCCCUCUGAUUGGACCAGAAAACACUCAAUCAACACAGGUUGGGUGAGCUAGCAAUCUGCAACAAUUACUAGCACAGGCCUACUGGUCUUUUGGUUUGUCAAAAUUGAUUGAAAUGUAUAAUUUACUUAUGAAGCUUGCAUUUGGAAUUUGUUUUUUAAAUGAAUUAUUAGGCUACAGUGGUGAAGGUGCACCAUAGGCGCAUAUCUCCACUUGUGCUCUCCAAACUCCUGCCAAUAGAGAGUGCUUUGUGCUCUUGUUGAAAUGUUUGCUUUUGCUUUCAAACGUUUAAAUGCAUAUGUGGAAAAUAUAUAUUCCAUGUAAUCCUACAAUAAUUGCUAGCGUUUCAUCAUUCCAAUCCCGUAACAUUUAUUGCAGCACGUAGACAUUUCUGUUUCAUGUUUGAUACGAUACAUUUUCAUUUACCAUUUCUUACCCUUUGAGUGGGCUCGCGCAAUGUUUAUUGUGCACAUGAAUGUUUGCAAGACUCAUGAGGUAGAAGUGCUGUUUAUUUAAUUCGAUGUAUGAUUUCCUUUGUUCAUAUUUCCCGGGUUAUGUCAGACUAUGUUUCUGUCAUUUUUGUUGUGUGUAAUAGGAGCACACGCCUCGGUGAGCAUAGAAAUAGGCUACGUGGCCUGCACCCCAAGCUUUGGAGUCAACGUUGAAUAAGAGAAAAUGAUUGUUCCAUGCAGGCACGUGCACAUAGGGCUCUACCUGUGUAGAGCACAUGCCCCUUUGCCCUUCCAGUCUCCAAAGUGCCUUUUUCGGUGGCAGGCUUUCCAUCUGAUCCUGCAGCCUCCGCUACAAGUAAGCCGUAUAAUUUAGCUUGCUCUGUCUGGACUCCAGAGUAAGUAAGUAGCCUUCCACGAGCUUGAGAGCCGUAACGGCUCAUAGGGCAGGAGCCGAUCUCCUGUUUCUGUAGCGUGAGGCAGCUUGAUGUACAAGUACACCCCCUGGACAGGACGCUAGUCUAUCACAGGGCCUUACCUCGAAUCUACAUUAUCUCCUUUAAACUGCCAAGCAGACGCAUCAUAUCCCGUUAUUACAGUCUUUGGUAUGACACAACCUUCCAAUCUCAGGGCGGACACUCUAACCACAAGGCCACUGCGUAGACUUCAGAGUAGUGACAUGAUAUAGCCCUAGUUGAUAUUGGCUACUAAAAUGAAUUACCUUCAGAUCCACAUGCAUGUGUAAAGAGCAGUUUAUGCAUCACCGUUUAUGGCUGUAAUGACCGGCUACACUUGCGCAGCGAUUGUGGACGAAUGUUUACGUGUGCACACAUGCAUGUGCGUGCGCGGGGGGUUGCAAGUUUUGUACCACUCCUUUUUGGGGGUCGCGGGUCAAAAAGUUUGAAAACCACUGGGAUGUGCCAUCAAACAGUUGGGUUGGUUAUAGUAAUGGUAGGCUACAGUAUUUCUUACAAUCUAUUUUGACUGGAAUUGUGUCGGUAAUUGUUAAUAGUGCAGUAUUUAUUCCAGUUCAAAAUAGUUUAGCAAAAUACUCUACUCAUCAGAUUGUUCUGCUUUCCCCUCAUCUUGUAAUAAUUGCUCAACAAGUUUGUUACCGCGGAUAAGCUAUUUGUUUCUUUUUGACCAUUUUCAUUUAAAACAAUCACAGUAAGGUACUUAAUUGUUACCCAGAAAUUAUUUGAUAUUGAGAUAAAAACGUCUGCAUUGGACCUUUAAGAGUACAUGUGGCCAUUAAGGUUAUGUUCUGAGAGAUCUUUAAUUCCAACAGCUCUUUGUGCAGAUGUGAUGUUGACAAUGGGGAAUAACCUAAAUAUAUGGGAGGGGUUUCUUUCAGUUGACCUAUAUAAUUUCCACUCAAUUUGUUCUUGAUUUUGGGUUUUCUAAUGAUCACACACACUUCAAUUAGUAUAAUUGUAGAGAUGAGGACAACUACUCUGAUGAUUACCAAUGGCUUUCUGGCACCAGCGGCUGCCGGUGCAUCACCAAAGUGGAUACUACAAAUUAGUAGUGAAGAGGAGUAGCUAGCCAGCUACCUACAGAGUCCAUAAGGAGAGGCUGAGGACGUCGGGGACAGCGAGGUGUGCUGAUGGCUGCGGACCUGUCUCUGACUCUGAUAUGACCACCGAGCUCCCUGACUGUGACCAAGAUGCUCCCUCCUCCCUCCACCGCUCAGACCGUUCUACCUCCCUUCAUGCCUCAACUCCCAGAUGUUUUGAUUUUGUUCAAUUUGUUGUAUCUCAUUUUAUUAAUUUAAAUGUGUUUCUUGUAUGUGUUACUGUAAUUCAGCUUUUAACUGCCAUAGUACACAUGAAACUAAAUGAAAUAAACCAUUAUCAUCAUGUAAGUGAUGUAAUGCUCCUUCAGUCCUUUUCUCUAUGUUUUUUCAUGGGCAGGUCGGGUGAGAACCGGACCACCAUGCACAAGUGCUACACCUUCCUCAUCUUCAUGGUCCUCUUGCUGCCUUCACUGGGUCUUAGCAGGUACCUGUUAAAUUAUGUACUAUCUAUGUUUUAAAGGCACAAAACAUUGGUUAUUUCAACUAAGGGAAUAUACCCCUUCCAUUUUUUUAUUAUAUCCCUUAUGAAACCCCUUAGACAUGCUCUGGAACUUUGGCAUCUACUAAGUAUUUUUUAAACCUACAUACUUUGGGCUGGAUGUGUCAAUGUGUAGUUCAUGCAUAAUCUAUGAGCAGAAUUACUGGCUUCCCUCAAUUAGCCACGAAAUCCCUAGUUUGAAAGCGACUGUUUUUCUGGAAGCUGUGCUGCGCCAUUUUCCCUAGAUUUUCCCCCAUGUCGGCCAGCCCCCUAGCAAUUUGAGUUUUGCCAAUGAGCUUCAGCCCCUCUCCAUUUGAGUGACAGCUAGCAAGAUGCACACAUAGCAGAGCAAAAGAGAGCGCAAUGACAUGGUGCACAUAUCUGCACAUAUGUGACGUAGUACACCAUUUUUGGGGGCCACUUUUGGCUCGUGAGCGCUACUUUCAGAACUACUGGCUAAAAAGUAUACAAAAGUCCCAUAGAAUCUCAUUAAUAACCCCAAAACCUAAGCUGUUGCUAUAUUUCUUAUGCCAUUAUAGAAGACUUUGAAAUAUACCUGUACAUGAAAUGGUAAAUGUAGAGGCAAAUCUUAUAGCUGGCACCUGGAAAGAGAAGAGGUUUAGCCAUAGAAAUCAGCAGGUGAAAUACAGGAGUUUUCCUUGGCCCUAGGUAGGAAGUUACAUUGCCUGGCUGUGCAAGUCCACCUUGGCCCAAAUGCCUUGUAGAGAUCGGUCUUGGUCUGUUUUUGCCAAAUUACUUUAUCGAAUAAAUGGGACAUGAAUAAUCAACCAAUGUCUUCCUACAGAUUUCGACCAAAUUAUGACCCCAGAAAAGCUAAUUUGAUUUCAUUUUUUUGGUUGCUUUUAAUACAGUUUGGAUGUCUUCUUCCGCUGGUUGUUUGAUAAGAAAUUCCUUGCUGACGCCACUGUCAGAUUUGAGUAAGUAUUUAUAUUUUUAUAAAAGAGGAAUGUAAUUAAGAUCCAGUCCUGUUACAGCUGGUUAUUUGCCUGGUAUUAUGGGGGAAAUAUCUAGUACGUCCUGGCACUGUACUUUCAACACAAUUGCUAACCACCUGGUACAUUAAGGCACAUAAGUGUUUGUCUCAAUGAAACCAAAGCAUAAUUACUGUGUGAUUUGUCAGGCCAUUACUAGUAAAUACCAGUACUAUGGUAAAUGCUAUCUAAUCGCACUGGUGGUGCCUCCCCCCGUUUAAGGUGUGUCUUCCUCCCUGACAACGGAGCCUUCUUUGUCAACUAUGUCAUCGCCUCAGCAUUUAUCGGUAACGCCAUGGACCUGCUGCGGAUUCCAGGCUUGCUCAUGUAUAUGAUCAGACUGUCCCUGGCCCGUUCCUCUGCAGAGAGGCGUAACGUAAAGAGGGUAAGAGUCCUUAAGGAAUAUAUUGCUGCUGCUGUGCUCAAAGUUCAAUUGACUUUUCAAUGCUGAAUGUUUCUGUGUCUACAGCAUCAAGCAUUUGAAUUCCAGUUCGGAGCGGCCUACGCCUGGAUGAUGUGCGUCUUCACUGUAGUAAUGACGUACAGCAUCACCUGUCCAAUCAUCGUCCCCUUCGGUGAGUCAGCCCACCUCUCCCCAGAGAGGAAAAGGGGUAAGAGGGAGAGAAGGAGGAGAAAGUGAGAGACUGAGUACGGGAAGAGAGACUGGGGAGAGAGAGGACUACCUACUGGCAGUUCUUUGUAUGAGUCAGAAUGAAUCACCAAGUAAAUUAGGGAAAACUAAACACUGCAUUACGGCAAGAACAGGCUUACCCACUCCUGGUGUGUACAUACAGUAUUAAUAUAUCACUACUGUGCAUCUCUUUGUAAAAGCACUGUAUAGGUACAAUAUGCAAUGUAUCUUUACUAAGACAUACAGUGCCUUCAGAAAGUAUUCAUACCCCUUGACUUAUUCCACAUUUUGUUGUUACAGCCUGAAUUCAAAAUGGAUUAAACAUCUGUUUUUUUGAAUCCAUCUACACAUAAUACCCUAUAAUGACAAAGUAAAUACAUGUUUUCAAAAAAUGUAUCAAAUGUAUUGGAAAUGAAAUACAUAAAUAUCUAAUUUACGUAAGUAUUCACACCACUGAGUCAAUACUUUGUAGAAGCACAUUUGGCAGCGAUUACAGCUGUGAGUCUUUCUGGGUAAGUCUCUAAGAGCUUUCCACACCUGGAUUGUGCUACAUUUGCCCAUUAUUAUUUUCUAAAUUCAUCAAGCUCUGUCAAAUUAGUUGUUGAUCAUUGUUAGACAAACAUUUUCAGUUUUUGACAUAUUUUCAAGUAGAUUUAAGUCAAAACUGUAACUCGGCCGCUUAGGUAAAUAACUCCAGUGUACAUUUGGCCUUGUGUUUUAGGCUACUGUCUGGUGGAAAGCAGACUCAACCAGGUUUUCCUCUAGGAUUUUGUGUCCAUUUUCAGACUCACAAGUUGAUAGUUACCCUGUGGAUAAUGCAAAGACAAUCAGUGAAACAAUUCCGCACAAGUUCAGGAACUAGCUAGCUAAAUGAUACAGAAGCCUAACUUAUAUUGGCUGGGGUCUGUCCAUAGGCAGUUGAGGCUCCAGACCAGAAGGCUCCACUGCAGGGAAAAAUAUGUUUAUUUUGAGCUAGAAAUAAUCUAGCAAGCUAGCCAUUUUUUGCUAUAUUGCUGUCAGAGAAACCCAGCCCUCACUACAAAGCUAGCUAGCAAGCAACACAUUGCUUGGCAAGCAACAUUUCACAUUAACUAACUAGCUUUGGCAAUUAAAUUAUAACACAUACAUGACAUAUUAACUCUUUAAUAUCCAAAAUAAUUCUUAACUUGGCCAGCCACACUGCAUGUUGUAGUGACAAGCUAAAGGAGCUAACUAGCUGUGUUUGCUAGCUCAGUGAAAGUUCUUGCAUGCAGUUGAAGAAAAUAUAUUUUUCCUUUGUCACCCGCCAGGUGAAAAACGUAUAUUUUAAAUCAAUGUAUGAUUAUAUAAUCAAAUAAAAUGUCAUUAUCCAUGUGAAAGAUUGUUGGUGCUGACAGCUGCUCUUCUCCUUCAUCUGAAAAAAUAAAUACAAUUGCAAUGGCUGCGCUGUCAGUUGCAGGCAGGGCUGGGGGCAGGGCUCGGGAAUGUUUCAAAUUGUGAUUGACAGCUCGGGAUGAAUAUGUUCUAGGUUCAUGUCUCGUUUCGAAAUUAACAUAGCUAAUCUUACUAUGUUUCAUAAGUGACAAGUAGCCUCAAUAGCGGCAUUAUUUAUUUUCAACUUUUGCAUGUAAACCCCACUUUGGGACCCUAAUGCCAAGGUACCAGAGGUCAAUAAACUCAGCAUUACAAUUCCCCAUGAUACAUGUCGCACAAAAAUACAUUUAAUUGACAUAUAUUUACAUACACUAUAUAUACAAAAGUAUGUGGACACCACUUCAAAAUAGUGGAUUAGUCUAUUUCAGCCACACCUGUUGCUGACAGGUGUAUAAAAUCAAGCACACAGCCAUGCAAUCUCCAUAGACAGACAUUGGCAGUAGAAUGGCCUUACUGAAGAGCUAAGUGACUUUCAACGUGGCACCGUCAUAGGAUGUCACCUUUCCAACAAGUCAGUUCGUCAAAUUUCUGCCCUGCUAGAGCUGCCCCCGGUCAACUGUAAACGCUGUCUGUUAUUGUGAAGUGGAAACGUCUAGGAGCAACAACGGCUCAGCCGCGAAGUGGUAUGCCACACAAGCUCACAGAACGGGACCGCCAAGUGCUGAAGAGUGUAGCGUGUAAAAACAGUCUGUCCUCGAUUGGAACACUCACUACCGAGAUCCAAACUGCCUCUGGAAGCAAAGUCAGCACAAUAACUGUUCGUCAGGAGCUUCAUGAAAUGGGUUUCCAUGGCUGAGCAGCCACACACAAGCCUAAGAUCACCAUGCGCAAUGCCAAGCGUCAGCUAGAGUGGUGUAAAGCUCGCCGCCAUUGGACUCUGGAGCUGUGGAAACGCUGUUUUUCAUUGUUCAGGCUAGGCCCCUUAGUUCCAGUGAAGGGGAAUCUGAACGCUACAGCAUACAAUUACAUUCUAGACGAUUCUGUGCUUCCAACUUUGUGGCAACAGUUUGGGGAAGGCCCUUUCCUGUUUCAGCAUGACAAUGCCCCAGUGCACAAAGCGAGGUCCAUACAGAAAUGGUUUGUCGAGAUCGGUGUGGAAGAACUUGACUGGCUUGCACAGAGCCCUGACCUCAACCCCAUCAAACACCUUUGGGAUGAAUUGGAAAGCCGACUGAGAGCCAGGCCUAAUCACCCAACAUCAGUGCCCGACCUCACUAAUGCUCUUGUGGCUGAAUGGAAGCAAGUCCCCUCAGCAAUGUUCCAACAUCUAGUGGAAAGCCUUCCAAGAAGAGUGGAGGCUGAUAUAGCAGCAAAGGGGGGACCAACUUCAUAUUAAUGCCCGUGAUUUUUUAAUGAGAUGUUCGACGAGCAGCUCUCUACAUACCUUUAGUGGCACAAAAAUAUAUUUGACAUACAGUACCAGUCAAAAGUUUGGACACACCUACUCAUUCAAGUGUUACUCUUUAUUUUUACUAUUUUCUACAUUGUAGAAUAAUAGUGAAGACAUCAAAACUAUGAAAUAACACAUAUGGAAUCAUGUAGUAACCAAAAAAGUAUAUAUUUUAGUUUCUUCAAAGUAGCCACCCUUUGCCUUGAUGACAGCUUUGCACACUCUUGGCAUUCUCUCAACCAGCUUCACCUGGAAUGCUUUUUCAACAGUCCAACUCAUUCCAAACCAUCUCAAUUGGUUGAGGUCGGGGGAUUGUGGAGGCCAGGUCAUCUGAUGCAGCACUCAUCACUCUCCUUCUUGGUCAAAUAGCCCUUACACAGCCUGGAGGUGUGUUGGGUCAUUGUCCUGUUGAAAAACAAAUUAUUGUCCCACUCAACCCAAACCAGAUGAGAUGGCGUAUCGCUGCAGAAUGCUAUGGUAGCCAUGCUGGUUAAGUGUGCCUUGAAUUCUAUAUAAAUCACACAGUGUCACCAGCAAUGCACCAUGACACCUCCUCCUCCAUGCUUCACGGUGGGAACUACACAUGCAGAGAUCAUCCGUUCACCUACACUGCAUCUCACAAAGACACAGGGGUUGGAACCAAAAUUCUCCAAUUUGGACUCCAGACCAAAAUACAGAUUUCCACCGGUCUAAUGUCCAUUGCUUGUGUUUCUUUGCCCAAGCAAGUCUCUUAUUAUUAUUGGUGUCCUUUAGUAGUGGUUUCUUUGCAGCAAUUCGACCAUGAAGGCUUGACUCACGCUGUCUCCUCUGAACAGUUGAUGUUGAGAUGUGUCUGUUACUUGAACUCUGAAGCAUUUAUUUGGGCUACAAUUUCUGAGGCUGGUAACUCCAACAAACUUAUCCUCUGUAGCAGAGGUAACUCUGGGUCUUCCUUUCCUGUGGCGGUCCUCAUGAGAGCCAUUUUCAUCAUAGCGCUUGAUGGUUUUUGCGACUGCACUUGAAGAAACUUUAAAAGUUAUUCACAUUUUCCGUAUUGACUGACCUGACCUUCAUGUCUUAAAGUAAUGAUGGACUGUCUUUUCUCUUUGAUUAUUCUUGCCAUAAUAUGGACUUGGUCUUUUACCAAAUAGGGCUAUCUUCUGUAUACCCCCCCCCCCCCCCCCCCCCCCCCCCAAUAGUGAGCAAAGGGUGGUUACUUUGAAGAAUCUCAAAUAUAAAAUAUAUUUUGAUUUGUUUAACAUUUUUUGGUUUCUACAUGAUUCCAUAUGUGGUAUUUCAUAGUUUUGAUGUCGUCACUAUUAAUCUACAAUGUAAAAAAUAGUAAAAAUAAAGAAAUACCCUGGAAUGAGUAGGUGUGUCCAAACUUUUGACUGGUACUGUAUAUUUUAAAACAUACACAUUCUAUAAUGUGUGCAAGUUAUACAGUUGAAGUCGAAAGUUUACAUACACCUUAGCCAAAUACAUUUAAACUCAGUUUUUCACAAUUCCUGACAUUUAAUCCUAGUAAAAAUGUCCUGUGUUAGGUCAGUUAUGAUCACCACUUUAUUUUAAGAAUGUGAAAUGUCAGAAUAAUAGUUGAGAGAAUGAUUUAUUUCAGUUUUUAUUUAAUUCAUCACAUUCCCAGUGGGUCAGAAGUUUACAUACACUCAAUUAGUAUUUGGUAGCAUUGCCUUUUAAAUUGUUUAACUUGAGUCAAACGUUUCGGGUAGCCUUCCACAAGCUUCCCACAAUAAGUUGGGUGAAUCUUGGCCCAUUCCUCCUGACAGAGCUGGUGUAACUGAGUCAGGUUUGUAGGCCUCCUUGCUCGCACAUGCUUUUUCAGUUCAGCCUACAAAUGUUCUAUAGGAUUGAGGUCAGGGAUUUGUGAUGGCCACUCCAAUACCAUGACUUUGUUGUCCUUAAGCCAUUUUGCCACAACUUUGGAAGUAUGCUUGGGGUCAUUGUCAAUUUGGAAGAACCAUUUGCGACCAAGCUUUAAUUUCCUGACUGAUGUCUUGAGAUGUUGCUUCAAUAUAUAUCCACAUAAUUUUCCUUCCUCAUGAUGCCAUCUAUUUUGUGAAGUGCACCAGUCCCUCCUGCAGCAAAGAACCCCCACAGCAUGAUGCUGCCACCCCCUUGCAUCAUGGUUGGAAUGGUGUUCUUCAGCUUGCAAGCAUCCCUCUUUUUCCUCCAAACAUAACGAUGGUCAUUAAGGCCAAACAGUUAUAUUUUUGUUUUAUCAGACCAGAGGACAUUUCUCCAAAAAGUAUGAUCUUUGUCCCCAUGUGCAGUUGCAAACCGUAGUCUGUCUUUUUUAUGGUGGUUUUUGAGCAGUGGCUUCUUCCUUGCUGAGCGGCCUUUCAGGUUAUGUCGAUAUAGGACUCGUUUUACUGUGGAUAUAGAUACUUUUGUACCUGUUUCCUCCAGCAUCUUCACAAGGUCCUUUGCUGUUGUUCUGGGAUUGAUUUGCACUUUUCGCACCAAAGUACGUUCAUCUCUAGGAGACUUCCUGAGCGGUAUGACGGCUGCGUGGUCCCAUGGUGUUUAUACUUGCGUACUAUUGUUUGUACAGAUGAACGUGGUACCUUCAGGCAUUUGGAAAUUGCUCCCAAAGAUGAACCAGACUUGUGGAGGUCUACCAUCUUUUUUCUGAGAUCUUGGCUGAUUUCUUUUGAUUUUCCCAUGAUGUCAAGCAAAGAGGCACUGAGUUUGAAGGUAGGCCUUGAAAUACAUCCACAGGUACACCUCCAAUUAACUCAAAUGAUGUCAAUUAGACUAUCAGAAGCUUCUAAAGCCAUGACAUCAUUUUCUGGAAUUUUCCAAGCUGUUUAAAGGCACAGUCAACUUAGUGUAUGUAAACUUCUGACCCACUGGAAUUGUGAUACAGUGAAUUAUAAGUGAAAUAAUCUGUCUGUAAACAAUUGUUGGAAAAAUUACUUGUCAUGCACAAAGUAGAUGUCCUAACCGACUUGCCAAAACUAUAGUUUGUUAACAAGAAAUGUGUGGAGUGGUUGAAAAACGAGUUUUAAUGACUCCAACCUAAGUGUAUGUAAACUUCCGACUUCAACUGUAUAUUAAAUCAAUAUUUUCUGGACAUACUGAAUAUGCAAAUAUGUUUUGAAUUGUACUGUUUAUUAUAAUACAUUCGUUUUCAGUAUGGGUAGUUUACACUUGUCUACUUUAGUAAGGAACAUUUGCUUAAUGGGCAACAGUGAGCACACAGUUGUUAAUUUAGUAAAUACUUUAAUCUAGAGAGAAUUAUUGAAGAUAGAGGUCACAUGCAAACACUUUCAAAAGUGAGUUGACAUCAUGUACUGUGCUAUAAACAGACUUAAAAAAGACAGCCACAUGUUAUUAAUAGACAUACUGCAGUUGUAACCCCCUCAACUCAGGGAUUUCAACCCAGGUCUAACCCCCCAAAGACCAAGCAAAGAAGACUAUCAGAAUGUCAGUUGUCUCCAGCAAAGACUUAAAACGGGUGGGGGGAGGUAUAUGUUCAGUAGUUAUAUCGGUUAAACAAUAGUUGUCAAACAAAAAAAUUUGUCUCCCUCUUUCCAGGUCUGAUGUACAUGCUGUUGAAGCACCUGGUGGAUAGAUACAACAUGUAUUACGCUUACCUUCCCUCGAAACUGGACAAGAAAAUCCACUCGGGUGCUGUCAAUCAGGUGGUGGCAGCUCCCAUCCUCUGUCUCUUUUGGCUGCUAUUCUUUUCCACCAUGCGCACAGGUAAGGGACUGGGGGAUGUUUUUCUUCCCAGACACAAAGUGGUUAAUUGGAUUGUUAAGAUGUGUUAGUACAUAACACUUACCACCAUAUUCAGAGGCUGAGCCCUGAAGUCAAACCUUGUAACUUACCGUCUCUUUGCACUGUGUUGUAAUCCAGGCUUUGUGACCCCCACGUCCAUGUUCACUUUGGUGGUCCUAAUCAUCACCAUUGUGGUAUGCCUGUCGCACGUCUGCUUCGGCCACUUCAAGUACCUCAGCGCUCACAACUACAAGGUACGGGUCACUGUGCUCAAGGUACGGCUCACCAACACGCCAAAUGUCCAGUCCUUCAAUUCAGGUAGCAGACUUAGGCCAAGUAGGACCAUAGAGGAGAAUCUCUGAUAGCUCUUUUCCCUUCUUUACCCCCUUUCUUCCCCCCUCUGGUCUCAAACAGAUUGACACCAAGGAAACUGAUGUUGACGUGGUUGAAAAUGGCCGCCCACCACUCCGCACCUUCUCCUCUCCUUCUAAUAAGUCUCAGGUAAGCAGAGACGCCAAUUCUUUUUGGUUUUGGAGUAUUCCAAGCUGUUGAAUUGUGGGGGGACUAGAAUGGAACUAUCCAGAUAGCACACUGACAUUGGCCCAAUGUUAUCGCAAUGCACAAUAUGCGUCAUUUUGUCCAGUGGGCCAACAAUGUGUGUUUGUUUGCUCCUUUGACAAACAAUCUGACUUUGGCCCAAAUGAGAGCUUUAAUAUUUUUUUAAGCUAUACAGUACUUCGACAUUGUAGCCCACUUUAAAAGCAAGUUGAGACUGACUGAUCUACAAAUGACCUUGCAUCAUAAAUAACUACUCAAUAUUAUUUGCAGAUCAGUCAGUCACAAUGAUGAAUUACCCAUGAUGCAUCACGGUUUUAAUACUCCUGAACACUGCCAAUGUCAAGUGUUUUUUUGGAUCAUGUCAUCGGAAAUACUUAUUCCUCUAUCUUUUUUAAUACAAAACAUAGAAAUGCACCAUGUUCAUGUGGUCCUCUGUGGCUCAGUUGGUAGAGCAUGGCGUUUGCAACGCCAGGAUAGUGGGUUCGUUUCUCAAGAGCACCCAUAUGUAAAAUGUAUGUACACAUGACUAAGUCGCUUUGGAUAAAAGCGUCUGCUAAAUGGAAUAUCAUGGCCACCUAAUCAUCCCCUUAAUUAGCAUAUAUCACUCCUCACCUCUGCACCAUGUUAGCUGAUGUGUGGUGAGCGUUCUGGCACAAAAUGGUUUCCGUGCAUUACCCAGGUGGGUGCCACACAUUGGUGGUGGAUGAGGUGAGUUUCCCCCUUAUUAUCUAAAGCGCUUUGAGUACCGAAGUUGGUUGAAAGGCGCUAUAUAAAUCCAAUCCAUCAUUUUUAUAAACUUUUGACAAUUUGCUCCCUGGGUAUUCCCUGUCCCAGUGGUUGUUUGGAGUCAGCAGCACUUUUAAAUAGGCCUUAAUAUCAAUUAUAAUAUCUGUAAUAGUAAAGGAAUUAAAUUCCUUAAGGAAAAAAAUUUAGAAGUUGCUUGUUCACUGGCCAUUCUGAUCAUCUUCAAUGUAAACAAACAGCAGUGUCUUGCUGAUUUACUAUUGGUUCACGUUCUUGGCAGUUGAACAUGUAAACAAUAUAAAAUAUUUCAUUUUCCCGCAAAGAAUGGUAGAGUUCCUGCCCGACUAGAUGCGCAGGCGUUGUAUUGCAUCAACCAAUGGUUGGGUCAACUGUGCAGUCGGGCAUCAGAUUGUUAUAUCAUAUGAUGUGGUUAACUGAUAUGUUAAAUACCUAUCCAGGGCUUUGUAAGAGCUGGCAUUGGUCUGCAGUGUAGUCGGGCAGGAACUCAACCAUUGUGUGUGUUGGGUUAUGAUGAAGGGUGAAGCAAUACAAAGCUAAGUAGUAUUCUUUCAAAAACAAGUGGAAGUUGAAAUGAUCAGUACAAUGUUAAACACCUUUUAACUUCUCAGAUGCCAUUUAUAAGCAUAUGAAUGAUGAGGUGCAGGAUCCUUCAUAACAUUGAAUGUUUGUUUCUUUUUUCCUUAGCAACCAACGUAUAUUGCCCAGGUCUUACAGGACCCAAUCACGGAUGAGGCUUACACAGGCAGUGGGGAGGAAGAUCGGGGGUCCUCACAGGAUGAGGAGAUGAUCAACGCUGGGAAUAGUCUCAAUGAAGCUGAUUUCCAGUCAGGUGAAGACAGCCUCAUAGCCAACGAGGUCCACCAGUAACACUACUAGUUGAGAAGGGGAAAGAGAGACAGAUGGUGAGAGAGGGAUUUUGGAGAGGAUGAAUGCCAGACAAGAACAACAAACCACCAACUUCACUUUGGAUUCUAAAACCAUCUGCAGUCAUUCCUCCCCCAUGCUCCCCCACUCUGUCACCUUUUUUCGGUUGUGCCUCUGCACAUUGGCAUUACCAGAAAAUGCCUGAUACACACACACUCACGUGGUGUAAUUGUGAGUGGUUUUGUUAAGUCUAAUUUGGAGCUUGUCUGUGCGGAUUCUUCAAAGUCCCCUCUCAGUGAAAUUUGAACACCUAUCCACGCUAUAUGAAUCUGGGCGUUGACGCCCCUUGUUUUAUUUAUUUAUCUACUGGAGUCCUACACUUUUAUGGAACUUCUAUGGAGCACCAGUCCAACACUGGUUUUCAUCAAACCCAAAAAGAUGGAGUCCCAGGAAAGAAACCAUAUACAAAAGGCUAGACUUUGUACAUAUCCCAAAGUAUGCCAACCGUUUUUGUGUCUCUUAUUGGGAAGAGGGGGUCAAAAUUGUGCCUGGUUUUGGUUUCUUUUCAUCCAUGUUUCCUUACUUGUGUGUCUAACUACUAAAUCCCAAUCAGGGUGGCUCAGGGCUGGUGUAGAGGUCAUGAAAAUUAGGCCACAAAGCCUCCAAUGAAAUCCUGCUCCAAGCACAGGUCCCAUGAACUUUUAUGGGUCUACAGACUCAUACCCAAACUAAACUUAGUUCAUUUUUGUCAACGUGCAAAGCACCCUGCAUUAGGUCUUCUUUCUCAUAGUUUAUGAACUAAAUGACUUGCUUGCCCCUUUUUCUUUUGAUAUCUUCUGUUCGUCAUAAGAUAUUCACUCUGCCACUGAACAUCCUCAGUUCAGUUGGAUUGUGGUGUUUCUGGUGUGACUUGUGUUGUCAUGA